CUAUUUAAAGACUUUCCUGAGUCAGGAGAGCUGAGCUGCUGUGGAUGACAGUUUGCUUCGGGCAACCCUGGAGAGUAUUGAGUAGAGUGGGAUAAACACAGCUAGGGAAAGUGACCUGGGGGACAAAAUGGAGACCGACUGCAACUACGAGUCUGACGGAUCACCUGACGUCUCCAUGGAAGAUGAAGAGGAGGAUGAAUAUGAGCCAAACAGGUACGAUACCUUUCAAAAAUGAGACUCUGCAGCCUACUUACAGGCUGUCAAGAAGUUCUGGAGAACUGAAACGGGGGGAAGUGCCUUUGUGCAAAUGCCAUGCGGCAUCAAAAAGGAGAUGAAAGUUUUGAGGAUGAGGGGGAGCUUUCUGAUGAUUCUGAAUGCAGCUGGUUGUGAUUCUGAAAGUGCCUGGCCUGUGUGCAAAAGGCAUUUUCUAUUUAAAGAUCCUGCGUUGUGCCAGUUGGAUUGGCAUCUCCUCCUGCUCCUUCCGAGCUGGCUCGUCACUGCAUAUCAAUCUCCAUUACUCAGGGUGUGUGUGUGUAAGUGAAGCGGACGAGUCCUUUAAUUUGUUCUUUUAAAAACGCCAUAACCCACGGUGCAAUAAGAGGUGGGGGAGAACUUUAAUUCAAGAAUCGAUUGCUUGCGGGGUGUGUGUGUGUGGAAAUGAGUGGUGGUUGUGACUCAGUUUGUGUUUGGAGGCUACAGGCCAUUUGGUUUUCAUGUACUUUAGGCAUGGCUUGUUGCUUGGUCUGAUAGCACAGGGCUCCUAAAAAUGGGGUGAUUUCAGCUCUGCACCCAAUAGAUGAAUGGAAAGGGCACCCCAAAAGCAGUAGCAGAUGUAGUUAAGGAAGAUUCCUAGCCAGAAAAGUUUGCCAUGAUGGUUCCCAGUUUCUGGUUCAGGACUUUGUAGCACUGAGCCCAUUUUGACUACAAAAUAAAAACUCACACUGAAACCAGGGAGGUCUGAACUGCUGGAGGUGAAGACUUGGUAGUAUAGGGAGCUUUGUCUUGCUGCUUUGGCUCAAGAUCUGCUGUCACUUGGUUAUUGAAUUGUCCUUUUCUCCUCUCGCUGGAGCCGGCCCCCAUGGAAACAGAUCCCUAGCCAGCAUGCUGGCUGGGGGGGAGGGGCUAGUAGAUCACUGCCUUACCUGCACAACUGGUUUGCCCUACCUAGAUUUAAUAAUAAUAAAAGAAAAAGAAGACAUCUUGCUUUUAAAAGAGGGAAACCUCUAGUGGCAAAAACUGCUUCCCCCAAAGUUGUCAUGCCAUAGAUUGGUUUGUUUCAUAAAACUGAUUGUAAAAACCCUCAAAGUGGUUUACAAAAAGACAAAACAAUAAAAUUGAGGGAAAAUUCACAACCGUACUUUAAAACAUACAAAAGUUAAAAUAUCAAAGCAGAUUAAAAUCAACUCAACUUUCUAUGCAUCUGGGAAUCUUUUUUUUUUUUUUGCAAAAAAAUUAUUAGUUUUUACAAUAUCAACAACAAACAAAAACAUAAAACAAACAAAACAUAACAAACAUAAAUCCUAACCUUAUUGAAAAUAACAGUUAUUUACUUUGUAAAACGACUUCCUCGUUUCCCCUUAGUUGAAUUUCAUUGUAUAUCCUUAUAACGGUUUUCCAAAUCCCAAUUUUAAUACCCUUUAAAUUAAACAUUAACAUCUUUAAAACUUCUCCUUCUUGUAUUAAACAUAUUAUUUUGUCAGUUAACAUAAGUACAAUCCUAAGCCCAUUAAGUAUCUGGACGCUAUUUCCAGUUAUUUUAGCUUAACAAAUUUAGCUAAAUAAUCAUUAAAUUUCUUCCAUUCUUCAUGGUGUUCCUCCUCCUUCUGGUCGUGGACUCUUCCGGUUAGAUCGGCUAGCUCCAUAAAAUCCAUCAUCUUCAUCUGCCAUUGUUCUACUGUUGGUAAUUCUUGAGUUUUCCACUUUUUAGCUAACAGAAUACGAGCCGCAGUUAUGGCAUACAAAAAUAGAUUAACAUCUUUCUUGGGCAAUUCCGAACCUAUUAUUCCAAGAAGAAAGCCCUCUGGUUUCUUUGUAAAUGUAUAUUUCAACAUUUUUUUCAGUUCAUUAUAAAUCUUUUCCCAGAAGUCUUUCACCUUGGGGCAGGUCCACCACAUAUGAAAGAAUGUUCCUUCCUUUUCUUUGCAUUUCCAACAUGUAUUAUCACAGUUAUGAUACAUCUUUGCUAAUUUUACAGGAGUCAAAUACCAUCUAUACAUCAUCUUCAUAAUAUUUUCCUUUAACAAAGUACAUGCAGUGAACUUCACCCCUUUCUUCCACAAUCUAUCCCAGUCCUCAAACAUUAUAUUAUGUCCUAAAUCUCUUGCCCAAUCUAUCAUCACUGAUUUAACUUGUUCAUCUUUCGUAUGCCACUCCAGCAAAAGCUUGUACAUUUUAGAUAAGUUUUUACCUUCAGUAUCUAACAACUCCAUCUCCAACUUGGAUUUUUCCAAGGCAAAACCAUUUUUCUUAUCCAGUUUAUACAAUUCGUUAAUCUGGUGGCAAUGUAACCAAUUUAACUUAUCUUUAAUUUGCUCAAAUGGUCUUAAUUUAUAACCUUCCUCUUCCUCUAUUAAUAAGUCAUAAUAUCUCAACCAUUUGGUAUCCAUAUUAAUUUUUUUCUGGGCCUUUGCCUCCAUUGGUGAAAGCCAUCUGGGCGUCUUUCUUUCUAAAAGGUCUUUGUAUUUUAUCCAAACAUUAUACAACGAUUUCCUAAUUAUAUGAUUUUUAAAUGCUUUAUGGGCUUUUACUUUAUCAUACCACAAAUAUGCAUGCCAACCAAACACAUUAUCAAAUCCUUCCAAAUCUAGUAAAUCUGUAUCUUCUAAUUUCAUCCAUUCUUUAAUCCAACAAAGUGCAGCAGCUUCAAAAUAGAUUUUUAAAUAUGGCAGAGAGAAUCCCCCUCUUUCUUUAGAUUCCGUAAGUAAUUUGUAUUUAAUUCUGGGUUUCCUCCCCUGCCAGAUAAAUCUAGAAAGAGCUUUUUGCCAUUCUUUAAAACAUUUCACAUUGUCUAUAAUUGGGAGGGCUUGAAACAAAAAAAGCAUCUUUGGCAGCACAUUCAUCUUAAUCACAGAAAUCCGGCCCAUUAAUGACAAUUUUAAGUUAGACCACACCUCUAAAUCUCUUUUAAUUUCAUUCCAUAUUUUCUCAUAGUUAUCCUUAUACAAAUUCAAUUUUUCCCCAGACAGGUUCACAUGCAUCUGGGAAUCUUUUCAUCGGGCACCAACUGAAGGUGCCUACUUGAUCUCAAUAGGCAGGGUGUUCCAAAGGGCAGGUGCUGCCACACUAAGCGAUCAAGUUCUUACAAAGGCAGAACAGGUAUCAUGUGGCCAAUUUGGCCCAUCUGCCCUCCUAAAUAACAUAAGAGGAGUCUUGCUGGACCAGACCAAAGCCAAAUCUUGUCUACCAUUCUGUUUCCCAUAACAGCUAACCAGAUGCCUAUAAGAAUCCCACAAUCAGGGUCUGGGUGUCAUAACUCUGUCCUCCUCACGCUCCUCAGUGACUGGUAUUCAGAGACAUUCUGCUGCUACUGGGGGUAGCAUAUAGGCAUGGUGAAUAACUAUUGAUAACCUUAUCCUCUAGUUUUGUCUAAUCCCCUUAAAAAACUGUCCACACUGGAGGCCCACCACUAUGUUUUAUGGUAGCAAAUACCGUAGCUCAUUUACGGCACUGUGUGAAGAAUUUCCUGAGGCUGAAUUUGCAGCUCAGCUUUGUUCUCCCGAAAUUCCCCUGGGGCAAGGUAGAUUUAAUACUGGGGGUGCUUUCAGAUGGACGUUGCAUUGUGUGAUGGAUCUUCUUGUAGCAAGUCCCCACAUCAUAACAUUGGCAUCAAAAUGCCAGGCCAUAUUCCCCCAGCCAUUAAAUCUUCGUUUACCCUUUUUGUAGGAAACCCAUUAAGUUAAGGCUGGAUACUUCUUUUGUUUUCUUUGAUGGGGUCCCUAUUUCUUCAUGCUAGCCAUUUAAAUGGCAACACUCCUUUGCGAGAUGGUUUGCAUUUUUAAUUAAAGGGUAAAAGCUGCAUUUCAUCUGGGCCGAAGAUAAUUUGUUGAUGCACAAAGCAUUUCUGGGUUGAACGGCGCAUACAAUUGCAACCACCUUGAUACUUAUAUGCAUGGUGCUUAUACGUCCUGGUGCUCUCUGGUGUGUGUGUACGUAUCUCUAAUAAUGGUUCAAUACAACUGCCUGCAUUUGCAGACUUUCCUUAGCAGUGUGGUUAUGGGAGCUGUCAUGAUCGGCUCCUGCACCUCAGCAUGUACCACUACGCCACUGAUUGAUAUAGCAAGGAUAAAUGGCUUUGCAUUACUUACACGUAGUUUAAUUAGCCAAAUGGAUUCUCUGUGUGUGUUGCUUCUGAAGAAGAAUGGGAAUGUGAUUAAUGGAAAUGACUAACGUGACUUGAUAAAUGUGUUGCCUGUCUCUGGGAACUCGCCCAAAUGAUCUCUUACGCUGCGCCCUGAAGUGAGGGUGGCUGUAGCGUUAGUGGUUUUUAAAAAUGUAGCUGCAAAUUAAUCUUCAGCAUGAGAGCAAGCUGGAUUAGGGAAGUGGGAGCAGAAAAGUGAAGUUGUCUUGCCCUUUCUCUCUCAAGCACUCAAAGUGUACUUAUGACCCAGUUGUGCCAGCUGCUGUGCUGAGGGCAGAACUACAUUUUAUGGGAGGCAGCUGCCAACAUCAGUGCUUCUAAAGCAAUGAUGUCAAAACACAAGUAACAGGGAUUUUUAAAAUGCAGAUUGCAUAGUGGGGAAGAGAGGAGGAAAUUACACUAUAUUCCCCCACUAAAAGAGACCACAGGCACUCAAAACCAUUGAAAUAAAGAGCCCAAACCACUGAAGGUUUUUGCCUGGUGUCUAAAAUAAGACAGAGAUGGUGCCAGGUUAAAAAAAAAUAUGUAAAGGUAAAGGACCCCUGGACAAUUAAGUCCAGUCAAAGGUGACUAUGGGGUGCGGUGCUCAUCUUACUUUCAGGCCGAGGGAGCCGGCGUUUGUCCACAGACAACUUUCUGGACCAUGUGGCCAGCAUGACUAAACCGCUUCUGACACAACAGAACACAGUGAUGUAAACCAGAGCGCACAGAAACGCCGUUUACCUUCCUGCCUCAGUGUACCUAUUUAUCUACUUGCACUGGGAUGCUUUCGAACUGCUAGGUUGGCAGGUAAGCCUGUCUGGGGACAGCAUCCCACAAACAGGGAGCUACCACAGAAAGGGCCCAUUCUCUUGUGACCACACUGUGGGUCUCCAGUGAAGGGGCCACAUGGAAAAGGGCCUUAGAUGACAAUUGCAGGGUCCAGUUUGGUUCACGUGGGGAGAGGGUGAUCCUUGAGGUAUUGAGGUCCUGAGCUGCAUGAGGCUUUAUAUGUCAAAAACAGCACUUUGAAUUCAGCCUGGGCACCAAAUUGGUAACCGGUGCAGUCAUGCCAGAAUUGGUGUUUAUAUGUUCAGGUUAUCCUUCCCCAGUCAACAAUCUGGGCACUGAAUUCUGCACCAGUUGUAGCUUCCAAACCUUCUUCAAAGGCCGCCCCACAUGCAACAUAUUGCAGUAAUCCAACCAGAGGUUACCAGAGCAUAGACAGCUGGGACACCAGUCAAAGCUGAUAGAGAAGACACUCAGUGUCACUGAGGCUAUUUGAGUCUCAAGCUACAGGAAUGGACCUAGAAGUACCACCAAGCUAGGUGCCCCCUCCUCCAGAAGGGUUACACCCCCAUUCAGAGCAGGCCCACAUCCCAAUAGAAUCCACAUGAGACUUUGGCUCUCACAUAGUGCUACCAAGCUGUAGCAAAAAGCACCCAGAAAGUCAAGGUCAAGCCAAGGUUAGGUGCAAGAGAUCAGAUCCAGGGUGAAAUGUAAUCUGGGUGCAACUAAGGAGAUGUGCUGGAAAUUCACUCCCCAAGAUAUAGAGAUGGCUGCCAGCAUGGAUGGCUUUAAAAAGGGAUUCAUGGAGGAUAAGGCUACUAACACAUGGCUACUAACCACAACGGCUUUGCUCUGCUUUCACGGUAUAAUAAUAAUAAUAAUUUAUUAUUUAUACCCCACCCAUCUGGCUGGGUUUCCCUUGCCACUCUGGGAGGCUUCCAACAGAAUAUUAAAAUACAAUAGUCUAUUAAACAUUAAAAGCUUCCCUAAACAGGGCUGCCUUCAAUGUCUUCUGAAAGUCUGGUAGUUGUUUUUCUCUUUGACAUCUGGUGGGAGGGCGUUCCACAGGGCUGGUGCCACUACUGAGAAGGCCCUCUGCCUGGUUCCCUGUAACUUGGCUUCUCGCAGUGAGGGAACCGCCUUAGAAGGCCCUCGGCGCUGGACCUCAGUGUCCGGGCAGAACGAUGGGGGUGGAGACGCUCCUUCAGAUAUACUGGACCGAGGCUGUUUAGGGCUUUAAAGGUCAGCACCAACACUUUGAAUUGUGCUCAGAAGGCAGGAGGACUGCAGUUGCUGAGAAUCGGGGAGAGCACUGCUGCUUUCAGAUCCUUCUUGCAAGCAUCCCAUAGGCAUCUGACUGGUCACUGUGACAACAGGAUGCUGGACUAGAUGGCCCUUGGCCUGAUCCAUCAGGCUCUUCUUAUGUUCUGAUGCUAAGUGGAUUUGGCACACUUGAACACAAAUCCACUCCCCAAAUAAAUCUACCGUAUUUUUUGCUCUAUAAGGCUCACUUUUUCCCUCCUAAAAAGUAAGAAGAAAUGUGUGUGCGUCUUAUGGAGCGAAUGCAGGCUGCGCAGCUAUCCCAGAAGCCAGAACAGCAAGAGGGAUUGCUGCUUUCACUACGCAGCGAUCCCUCUUGCUGUUCUGGCUUCUGAGAUUCAGAAUAUUUUUUUCCCCUUGUUUUCCUCCUCCAAAAACUAGGUGCGUCUUGUGGUCUGGUGCGCCUUAUAGAGCGAAAAAUAUGUAACUUUCUUGCACUAAAGAAAGAGAGAGGAAAAUGCACUGGGAAACAUGGGAUAAUAGUCGUGUGACAUGAUGUUAUAUAACCUCCCUGCCAGCAGAUCAUCAUGAAUUCUCAAUAAACCUUGGAUGCCGUAUAACCUUCUCACAAACUUGGUGCAAACAAAUCAGGGCGAAUACUUAACAAACAAGUGACCCUAAAGUUCUCUGGUUUCCAUAUGUAGCUCAGUCACUGGCUUGGAUGCAGUUCUGAUUUUGAAGGAAAUUGCUCAACUGAAUUGGUGGGACUUGACUGUCUGCCAGAGCCAAAGCUGGCCGGCCUCAUAUCAUCCUACGCUGGGAGGUUUGCUUCAUUCAAAAUAAAACACAGAAGACGUGUCAGUGAGGCAUGAGACACUGAUCGAUUGCAGCAGGUCUGGGCAAUCUGUUCGGCAGUGAGCACUGCAUUAAAAAGUGUGAAGAUUUGCUGCUAUUACUGUACCUGGUCAAUAUUUCUUCUAGUUAAAAGCAAGAACUCUUAUCCUAGUACAUAUUGCAGGGAUAGGAGGGAGGCAGUGGACGAGGAGCCAGGAGACUUCUGUGUAUAAUGCAGCAGAAAUACUGUUCCUGUCAACAUACUUGUUUAUGAAUCCUCUCUCACCUUUCUUUCUCCCCUGUUUAAUUUUAAGAGUCUAAAACAGAUCUAAAACAAUGGUUUGUCUCUAAUCAAGCAACAAGAGCCUGGUUUCUAGUUGGGUUAAUAUUUCCCCAUAACUUUCAUGUUUUAACUGAAACACCUUAGAUUAAUGUAGAUAGGUAUCCAACUCUGAAAGGAACGUAUUCUGUAUCUUACAGGGUGGCCAUGUGCCCUACUUUACAGAGGACACUUCUCUCUUUGAAGGAGUCCUCUGUCUGAAGGGCUGUCCAGUUUAAAGAGGAGGAACCACAAAAAGGAAGAGCAGGGACUUUGAAGUUGCCCAUUAACCUUUAGUGCAUAAAUAUCAGAAUGAGUAGGCACAUAAGACACUAUGGUGAGAUGUACUAUAUUUCUAUUGAAAAAUACAUUUUUGCACCCUUCUGAGUGGCGUGUCUUGACAAAUGAGGUGCAUCAGCCUCUGUCACUAUAUGGCUUCAGGCAGCAUCUGUUCCAAGGGGCCUGCUGGAUCAGGCCAAUGGCCCAUCUAGUCCAGCAUCCUCUUCUUACAAGGGCCACCUGAAUGUCUGUGGGAAACCCUGAUGGACAGCUGAUUGUCUGGUGCUUGGCUUUGCUGGAAUUGUUGUGAUUUUGUGGUUUUUGUUUUUUAUUAUGGGGGUUUAAUUAGAGGAUUUUAAAAAAUACAUUGUUGUUGCAUUCCUUAGAAAGUAGGCAGGGUGCAGGUUUUUUAUUCUUGAAUAAAUGAAAAUUCUUUUUCAUGAGAUCACACUUACAGUCAAUGCUAUAAUGUGCUGUAAUAGAAAAUAAUAAAAAACACUUGUAAUUGAUAUAUUUUAAUCUUCUGUGAUUCUGUUUUAAAUAAAAUAAUAAUAAUAAUAAUAAUAAUAAUAAUAACAAUAAUAAUAUAAUGAUGAUGAUGAUGAUAAUAAUAAUAAUAAUAAUAAUAAUAAUAAUAAUGUUAUAGUUUCUUAAAAUCUGUUUUUUUAGCAGUUUAAAAAGCCUUAACCAGAAUGAAGAGGUAAAAUCAGAUGCCAUGGAUGCCAUUCAUAGUGAAGAUAGUGCACAGACGUGGGAGACAAGUUCAAGUAGAUGUUCCACAUCCCAAGCCUCAGAAACUAGUGCUACGUCUGGUGUUUAUAGUAUGGAAAACUCCUACAUGGAAGGUCCUCCAGGGAAAUCUAUAUCUUUGAUGGAUGAAGGAAAGAUGGUACAGAAAAGAACAAGGAACUCACCAUAUCAGGUGCCCCUGUCUCCAAAUGAGAAAAUGGGCCCAGACAAUGAAAAACAUGGCUUUUCUGGAAGGCCAACAGAAGCAAAAGCAUUGGAAAGAGAAUUAGAUCCUGCUGAUCCACAGUCAUGGACCCUUCAAGUGCAACCUUCAAAGAUAAAAAACUACUUGGUACAAAUUACACAGGAAGCGGUGGAUCCAUUGCCAGAAGAAAAAGAAAAUGUUUUCAUGAAGAAGGCAGAGCUGCCCCUCGAAGGAACAGUAAGAGCUAAGAUUCAGCUGCUCACUGCAGCAUUGGAAGAAAGAAAUAAAAAGAUUUUCCGGCGGGUGAACAAUAUAGAUUUGCCUCCGCCUACAGUUGUUGUAAUCAGGAAGCCAAGAGAACCACCCAAAAAAUUCACCAGGCAAGCCAUGUUCCAGGCAUCUUUAAAGCAUCUUGAACAACAAGCCACCAUUAAGAAUAACCAGAAGGAAAUCCUGCACCUCAAGCGUAUGCAGGCAAUGCUUGCAAAGACUGUUCCCCGUAGCAGAGAUGAGGAGCGAGCGCGGCGGUCUUUUCUGCCUGAACCUCCGGAUAAGGCUUCCAAAAUGGUACCACCAACUUCACCGCUCUAUACUGACAAAGCAAAGAAGCUGGACACUGAAUCACAUUCCCCUGCCACGCGAAUGACAGCCCCAGAACAGGCAAGGUUUGCUUCACCAGAUCGUCAUGACAGAACGGAGAAAAGGGGAAAGCAAUGUCAGCUUUCUAAUACAGCAAAUACUGUGUCAGAAAAGUUGCCCAGCCUCCUUGUUGAAACAGAGGAGGAGGAGGAGGAGGAGGAGGUGGAGGAAAUACAGCCUCCUCCACUUGUUUCUACCAAACCCCUUUCCCAGCCUGCUAAUGAAGCAGAGAAUCAGGAUGACUCAACUUUCUCUAAGCUAUCAGAAUCUGCAGCUCAGGAUGUGAAGUACCCAAAUAAUAUUGCUGCUGAGCAGUAUGAGUCCCAAGAUUCUCUUUUUACUGAAAUCAGAAACCCAGAUAUUGGCUUCACAAUCCCUUCUCAAUUUGAGAUCAAAGAUUCAGGCUUGUUGCAUUCUGCUGAAGAGGCAGGGAAGCAAGACCUCCCUAUUUGCUCACCUGAACCAGCAGAGCCUGUGCCUGAGCAGGCAAAAUUACCUCCUCCAGUUAGUGAAAGAGAAAAGCAAGAAGAGAAACAGCUGGAGGCGGAAUAUUCAAAGAAAGAAGAGGCGCAGGAGCAAUCAACCACACUUUUGCAAGCAGAGCCGGCACAUUUGAUGUAUUCGUUGAAAGAAUGGGAAGUUGGGGAAGCUGAAACUGCACCCAAUUUAUCUUCUGCAGCUAGCAGAAUAGAAACACAGGAGCCUCAGAGCGAUUCCUGUGAAGUUGCAGAGGAACAUAUUGGACUUUCACAGCCCACACACUUAAUGGGUGAAGCAGAGAAAAGAGAAAACGAGCACCUGGAACCAGAUUUGGCAAAGGAAGCUGUUGAGACACAGGUAUCUGUGACAGCAUCACUACAGCCAGAACAGUCAGAUGCACUGCACUCAAGAAGUGAAAUUAAAAAUCAGCCAGCACAGCCAGGAUCUCAGUGGCUGGAGUCAUCACUCCCUAUUCCCGAAGCACAGAGAGAGGAAAUCCAGCAACACUCUCUAGCAUGUGCACAGUCAGAAAGCGAACAUCCAGUCAUCUCUGAACCUAUAAAGGCAACACAGGGAUUUGAACUCUUGGAACCACUGCAUCUCAAAGGUAACGAAGUCAGUGCGAACUCUCCUGCUGAAGCACUCGACUCUUCAGAGCAACUGUCAUCUGUUUCAUCUGCUGAGAAGGUAGACAUGCUGGAGACUCAGCAGCCUUCACUAGAAACUGUAACACUGUUUUCAGAACAGCGAUGCUCUGUUUUACCCUACCCAACAGAGAAAAUGGAGAAAAAAGACAGCCUGCCUUGUUCUCCCGAGACAGCUGCUGAAACAGCAGAAGUAUCACUUCCCACUGCCACCUUCCAAACGGCUGAAGUAACAAAAGUAGAAGUUCAUCCCUUGUCUCCCACAGAAGUUCCAUCAGAAGAAUCAGUGUCUAUUUCAAGAGAGCCGGAUGUUGCCACAGAUAGGAAAACAACUCAGCUGGUUUCGCCUUUAUCUGUAGAACCUCCAAGUAAAGCAUCUGUUCCACCCCAAGAAGCAGCAAAAGAAGAAAACCAGCAAUGCCCACCUUCAGAUGCAAAGCUGAGUUUUGAGGACCAGGAUGAGGAAGGCCAGCAAGAUGGUUGGUUUCCUUUAUUUGCAACCACACAGUUUGAACCAGAACAUUCGGCUGAAUGUGAAUCAACAAUCCAGAGCAUUAAACAGGGUUCCUCUGCAUCAUUUCCGUUAGAAGAAGCAACUGCAUUGCGUUCUGUUGAUGAUGCAGAUAAGAAAGAGAGGCAUCGUGACAAAUCCAUCACUGAGCCUUCACUGCAUCCUGUAUUCAUGCCAGAAAAACAAGGGAAGAUGGAGUCAGAGAUUGAGCAAACGACUCAUCAGUUAUCACGUACAGUUCUUCCAAUGGAAUCAGUCAGUAAACUGCAGUCAGUGGAGGAAAUGGAGGUCAAUGAGAUCCAGCCUCAUUUAUCUGCAACUGGACAAGAUUUAUCCCAGUCAGUUUGUUUAACAGAACCACAGGAAGACCAGUGUGUUUCAGCAGCAGCAGCAGCAGCAGCAGCAGCAGCAGCAGCAGCAGCAGCCGCCGCCCUUGAAUCUGGUUCUUUAAGUAUACCAUACACUGAGGUUGAAUCAGAGAAAUGCGACACUACAGAACCAGUAUUGAAAGAGGUGACAUAUCAAGCUAUUCAGGCUGUCACUGCAGAAAUGGAAGAAGGCUAUCUGAAAGUGUCACAUAAAGUGUCUGAAUCAGAAAAACAUUUAGAGGCACCUUUCCCAGCUCAGAACACAGAGGAAGGAAACCUUCAGUCACACAUGUUUGUGUCUCCAGAAUCAGAAGAUGAACACCUCAUCUCAUCAGAAAGAGAAGAAUCUGAAUUUUACCCACUCUUAACUCCAACACCUGAAUUGGGAUAUCCUAUUGCUGGUUCAGAAACACAGGAGAGCCAAAGCUACUUAUCUGAUGCAUUAAAUGAGGCAUUAAAUGCAUUAAAUGAGCAGUCAAGCUACUCUUCCUCAGUUCUUGAGGAUAAAGCCAAGAUAGAAGAAAACCAAACCACCUUUCCUGAAACUCCAAAAAUGGUGCCAAAUGAGUCACUGUCCUUUGCAGCCUUCCUCAUUAGUGAAGCCAAGCAAGAGCCACUUGUGUCACCUGUGGACACAAAGAUGACACCAAAGGAAUCAAAUUCCAUUCCAGAAGAUUUUGUUUCUGAGGAAGUAAAGGAAAUAGCCCCUCCUUCCCCACCUUUAUCCUCAGAACAACUUUCUAAGGAAGUAAUUUCAUCAUAUCCUGCUGCUGCUGAAGAAGAGAACCAAGAUGAGUCUCAUUCACUUCUGAGGGAAGAGUCAAAACAUCUGGAUGCUGGAGGAGCAGAUGUGCAAGGCGGUCAGUCUCAUUUGCUUGUUGCAGCACAGCCUGAAGCAAGGAGCCAGGACAUUGAGCUACAUUGCCCCAAAACAGCACAACCAGAGCUAGAAGAUUUGACCUUGCUGAAUUCAACUGAAGAGAUCCAGAAGCAAGAAACUCCCCUAUAUUCACCUUCCAUUGUACCAUCUGUACAUGAAGAAAUAUUGCAUCACAAGGGAGAAAGAGAAAACCAAGGAACGGUAAUUUUGGGCACUGAAGAGACAAAGGAGGAUGAUGCUCCUCUAAAGUCACCUGACCUACCACAGGAGUUGGAACACCUACAUUCACUGCAGUCAGUAAAAGAAUCCCAGGUGGAAAGGGCUCAGCCUUACUCUUCUGCAGCUGUUCAAGAUUCAUCGCAGCUUCCUGGUGAGACAGGAUCGCAGGAAGGUCAGGGCUACUUUUACAAACCUGCAGAAGUGGAUUCUGAAGUUUCUAAGUUAUCAGAGCUGACGGAUGCAGUUAUGGAGCAAGAAAUCCAGGCACCAAGGACUGAAGCUGUCAAGUUAGAACAUAAACAGUCUGCUUUGUCAGUACAGCAAAAUGAGAAAGUCCAGCAUCCACUGGUAACUGCAUCACUGGAUCUGGAACAUUUGGACUCAUCUUAUUCCACAGAAACACAAUUCCCAGGAGAGCCACCACCAGAUGCAUCUCUUCUCACUGAGAAAGCAGAGGAGCAGGAAGUUCAUUCACAACCAGCAUCAGUCUCACCAGCAUCUUUAUUGGAUCAAUCCAGCUCUGCUUCACUGGAUCUAAUUGCAGAAGUUGAGGAACAAGAGACCAAGCGUCCUCCCGAAGUAGCUAACGUGAUGCCAGAAGAACCCUUGUCUUUUACAGCCUUUCUCUUUGCUAAGGCAAAGAAAAUAUAUACUACUUUGACCUCAGAAAAAGAGAAUCUAGACAGUCAGCCUCCUUUCAAGGAAGCUGAUUUGUUAAUAGAAAGAUCAGAAAGCAUUUCAACUAGCCCCCCUGAGACAAAUGUAACUAUUAACGAAGAAACUGAGCUUCCUACAACACAUUUUGAAGUGGAACAGUUUGCUAGUAAACCUGAAGCAGAUGUUACUUAUCGAGAUGAAAGGGAAAAUAUUUCUGAGACUCCUACGCUACCUAAUUUAAUUCCAAAUGAGCCUUCUGAUGCUGUAAUACCAGAGCCCAUAAAUGAUAUUUUAACACACAACUUGCAUUCCUCAGUAUCUUCUGCAGACUCACAUACGACUGACAACAAGACAAUACAAAUUAGUGCAGGAGACUUUUUGAAAACGGAAGAAAUCAAGUGUUUACCUAGUGCGGAGAUAACUUUGAAAGAACCUGAAAAGGAAUUAAAAGAUCACGAGAAACUGAGGGAGGAAGUCAUACCUGCUGCUGAACUUCGUCGAGGAAAAGAGAUUUCUGAAGGUAACAAGGUAGUGAAUAUUCAUGCUGCUCCACUCAGUUCUUCAGCUGAUAAAGAAGAAGAGAAGCGUAUGCCGGAGAGAUUAGAAUACCUGGAAACAGCUGCAUUGCAGAAAAGAAAACCAUUCCAUGAUGCUGGAGAUAUGGUUAUUGACCAGGAAUUUUCAAGGUGCAAAAUAAGUGUAAAAACCUCAGAAGGCAUAGAAGAGGACAAUCAUGAAAAUAAGGAAAUCAAAUCAAAUGAACUUGUCAAGGAAAAGGGGGUCCAGGAAAGUGUAGAAAUGAAAAAGGAAGUUUCUGUUGUUCAAGAAAGCAGUGAAGAUGGUGGUGUAAAUGAUAACGGUAUAGAUCACAUUGAAAAGCAUACUGUCGUUGAUGAGACCUGCUUCAUCCAGACAGGAAACAAACAGUCUUUUAAGGAAGUACAGAGGCAAUUUGAAGUUACCAUAGAAAAUUCUGCAACACUUCCGACUGCAGGCACAAAAAAUAUUUUAGAGUUUUCUUCACUAGAAAGAGAUUUGGAUGAAGGCUUUAAUAGAAUGGCCGAGAAAGAAAACACAACAGCUAGUCAUGAAGACCCUUCAAAAAUAUUAAUCAAAGGUGAACUAAUUGAUGCUGUUAGGGAAAAGGAUGAAAACACAGAGGAUAAGCUUAACUUAGCGGGUGAACCCCUAUCUAACACACAAAAAGAUGUGCUAUCCCAGUCUCCAUUAAUUUCUUUGCCUGCCACUGCAGUCAAUCCUGAGCUUCUCGAGGUGCCACCUACUUUGGCAUUUUUAUAUAAAGAUCUCUAUGAAGAAGCUGUGGAAAAACCUAAGGAAGAUAGCCACAAAUAUCCACCAAAUGAAGAGACUGAGAAUACUGACGUAUCCAUUCACACCAGAGGCCCUACUCGAGAUGAUGGUACUGGAAUGCGCUUUGAAAGGGAUGCUUCUAAAGAUGAGACUCCAACUUUGGAAGAGUCCCAGAAGAAACAAGUUCUAAAAGAUAAAGCUAUUAAUGAACAAGCUUUAACCCUACAAAGAGUUUCAAAAUGUGCAGAUGAACCAAGUGAAAAGAAGCCUCAGUCUCUUCACAUUCUAACUGAAGCACAUGCUGAAACGGAGGUCUCGUCACCAAGGGGAACGGUGGAACGGCUGGAUGAUGCAUUGGUAGAUAGACCAGCUGAGAUCAUGAGCGACAUAAAAGUUGGAAAUGGUCAGCCCACAAAUGAAAUUCUUUUUGGAAGUGGGCUCUAUGGUUCAGGAGCAAGUAAUGAGGAACUCAGUCAGAGAAGAGAAGAUGAAUCCUUGGGCUUUGAAAGGGAUGUUUCUAAAGCUGAUGGUCCAAAUUUGGAAGAAUCCCAGAAGGAACAGGUUCUAAAAGAUGAGCCUAGGACUGUAAAAGCCUUAAAUCAAGCAAGAGUUUCAAAAGGUGACUAUGAAUUAGAUGACAAGGAGUCUCAGCCUGUUUACAUUCUAGCUGAAACACAUGCGGAAACAGAGGACUUGUCUCCAAAAGGAAUUUUGGAGGGGUUGAAUGAUGCAUUGAUAGAUAGGCCAGUUGAGAUCAUGGGUGACAUAAAAGUUGAAACUUGCCAGCCCACACAUGCAGUUCCUUUUGGAAGUGGGCUCUUUGGUGCAGGUGCAAGUAAUGAUGACAGCAGUCAAAGAAGUGUAGACGAAUCCUUGCCAGAAGAAACAGGCCAAGCAUUACCAGAAGAAACGAGCGAUGAGGAGUCUUGUCCAAUACUUGAUUAUGCAGCAAGUGUCUUUGAAAAUGCAACAUCUGUGCAAGAUGAGUCAGAGGAAGUUGCAGUUGGCCAAAACCAGCAAUCUGAAAUAACAGACGCUCAUGUGGUUGUCCCAAAACCUGUUGAAGAAAGCACACAAUCUCAUGCAGCAUUCCACCAUGUUAGCCCUCCCUGGCAAAGUGAGGGACAAGCAGAAGACCAGUUAAUAGCACAGGAUACACAACCUUUAGACCAUAAACAUACUCUCUGUAGGGACACUGAGGGACAAACUUCUGAAAAAAGAGUUGGAGAAAAUAUUGUGGGUGAUCUAACUGAGUCCAACAGAGAGGCAGCAUACCAACCACCACCUGAAGCAAUAUCUGACAAGCCUUUUGGGGAACUGGACUACUCUCUGUUGUCACAUGAUUUUGAUACCUAUCCAUUAUAUUCAAUAAAAGAGGAAGAGUCCAGUGACAUUGAUGAAGAUCUAGCUGAGCUCAUGGACUAUGAAAUGGUUAGUCGAGAUGAUGUCUUUGAGGAAGAAACAUCAUCAGAAGUGGUUCAUGAAGAGCUGUUGUUUGAUGACAGAAAAUCCUCAGACCGCAUUAGUGAUAGUUAUGAAUUUGUGAAUGAAAGAGAGGCAAAUACGCAUGCUGAGGAAGAAGAAUUUCAGUUGAUGGGUCUCGACAAGCUACCAAGAAAUGUUCCAGAAACUGAAGUCCUACAGAAAGAAUCGGAUCAUGAACUGUUAGAUAGUUAUUGCUGCCAGUGUAAAUGUCCCAUCUCUGCUGAGGACAAGCUUUCUGGGGAGCAUAAAGACCACACUGUGACAAACUUGGAUACAGCUGUGACUGAAUUAAAGGUAAGCAAUUAACAUUUUUGGAAUUACAGCCCUGUGUUCUCAUUGAAACUGAUGCUUAACUGGGGAUGCUUCACUGGACUAUAUAAGAUACACUGCAGGAUCAGACAAGCCAAUAAAGGUUAGUGACCUAAUGUAGGCAGAUUGUAUUUGGUGACAUCCAAUGUUAGUCAUAAACAGGCUAAGAUUAAAGCCAUUGAUUUUCAAUGGAUCUACUUUGAUUAUGACCAACAUUGGAUAUCACCCAUCGUGUUUAAUUUGUCUCACAGUUGUCUCUGAGAAAGAGCAAUUCUGCUUGGAAACACACCAGGCGCAACAGCAUUAAUGAAAGUGUUUUCACAAUUAAACUAUAUUCUUAACCCCUUGUGUGGGAGUGGUCACCUCUUUUUUUCUGGCUGGAAAGAAUGCAAAUACUAAAAAUACAUCCCUUGUGCCAGGACCUCCACUCUGACCAAAAUUAGUCAAAAUUAGCUGGGUGAUCCAAUGAUGGCUUUCCUGCAUUGCAUCUGCUUUGGCCCUUAGUUUGGAAUUUUAAAGUCCUAUUUGCAGAACUGGUCCAAGACGUUUUCCUGCCUGAGCUGAUGGAAAAGAUGGCACUUCCCUCUCCACCAUUCUACAUCCAUAAUCCAACCAGAUGGGACAUUGAGUCUUCCUUCAGCACUGGUGAUUGGGCAGCUUCCUCCACUGUACUUAUGUACAGUGCAGGUUAGUGGGUGCAGGAGAAAGUGUGUGAGGCUGCUAACACCACUCCACCUCAGCACGAGUUGCCUAAGGUGUCUUUCUUAUUCUGCCUAAUGGUAUGGUGGUUCUGCCUAGUUCUAAAUAAGCACUUUGAUUCCUUGUUGGUCCUCUUGAAUCUAGGUAACUGGUUGGGUUUCUCUAAUAUACAGACUUCAACGUGAUGCUUCCUCAGAUUACCCAGAUCUUGAGUAUCCCUAUUUAAAAAGCCAUUGAUUAGGAUCCAAAUAACAGCACAAUUACUCAAGGGUGUCUUUGCACCAGCACUGAUUCAGCAGCAGGGCCCUAUGGAAAAUCACAUUUGAAACUGAGGGGGCUUUCAAGAGUAGAAGAAGAAGAAGAAGAAGAAGAGUUUGGAUUUGAUAUCCUGCCUUUCACUCCCCUUCAGGAGUCUCAAAGCGCUAACAUUCUCCUUUCCCUUCCUCCCCCACAACAAACACUCUGUGAGGUGAGUGGGGCUGAGAGACUUCAAAGAAGUGUGACUGGCCCAAGGUCACCCAGCAGCUGCAUGUGGAGGAGCGGAGACGCGAACCCGGUUCCCCAGAUUACAGGACUACCGCUCUUAACCACUACACCACAAUGUAGGCAGACUAGCAUUAGUAUGUACAUUUUACAGAUGAUGGAUAGAGGCUGAAAAAAAAGAAUGGCCUGCCUGGCAAGAUUUCUAACAUGCUCUUUCAUGACGUUUGACUCCAGUGAAGAGGUUUUUUAUGUUUGUUUUUUAAAGGGUGAAAUCCAUUGAUGUACAUAGCCAAAUUCCCAUUGAUUUUUAAUAGCGCCUCCUUCUCAGUAUAUAGAGAAUCAUACUACAACUGUGAAAGAUAAGCAGUUGCUAAGAAUAUCAAAGAAGUCACAUGCCUCCAUUUCAUUCCCUAGAGUGGUUUCUUCAAAGUCAAAGGACUUGAGCAUGUCCCAUGACAUCAUCCCCUGGCUCUGUAACUUGGAGAGGGAGCCAGGAAUGAAAUCUAGCCUUCAUGUGAUCUGCUUCACCAGGAAAAAGAUGGCUUUCGAUCAUUGGCCAGUGUGUCUCAUUUCCACUACCCACAUGUUACUGAGUUCUUUGGUACUCAGACAACAGAACUCUCACUGCUUCAGCUUUCAUCAGCUAUGCAAUAUGCUCAGUACAAUAAGCUAUUGAUGAUGGCUAUUGGGGGGCGCACAGAAUUAAACAUUUCUCUCCCCCAAAAAACACAUUCACCUUGGAAGUGAAGAAUGAUUUCCCCCUAUUUAUGCGCACAGUAUAGUUUGCUGUGCAUUUUAUAAUUCAUAGGUAAAGGUAAAGGGACCCCUGACCAUUAGGUCCAGUCCUGGCCGACUCUGGGGUUGCGGCGCUCAUCUUGCUUUACUGGCCGAGGAAGCCGGUGUACAGCUUCCAGGUCAUGUGGCCAGCAUGACUAAGCCACUUCUGGCGAACCAGAGCAGUGCACGGAAACGCCGUUUACCUUCCUGCCGGAGCGGUACCUAUUUAUCUACUUGCACUUUGACGUGCUUUCAAACUGCUAGCUUGGCAGGAGCAGGGAUGGAGCAAUGGGAGCUCACUCCGUCGCGGGGAUUCGAACCGCCGACCUUCUGAUCGGCAAGUCCUAGGCUCUGUGGUUUAACCCACAGCGCCACCCGCAUCCCUUAUAAUUCAUAGGUGAUGCUAAUUUCCAGCCUUCCUUUAACCUUCCUUUUUAGGCAUAUAGAGGAAUCUGAUUAAAGCCAAGAGUGUUUAUGAAAACACAAACUGCUUUUGAACAGAUGGCCAAGUGCACCAAAGGAAGGUCAAGGAGGCUCCUGCAUGGCAGACAGUUAUAACUCAUGAGUGCUGUCUCUAUUAUCUCAAGAACCACAUCCUGGGCAGCUUUUGAGAAACAGCUUCAGAAGCACAGGAAAGAAAGCAGAUGAAAUAAAUAAAUAAAACCAGGCUGUUAGUCACUUAGAUAUCAUUUAAUGAAGAUUAUUUUACUGGUUUGAAGGCAGGCAUAGGCCUUUGGGGAUCCUGUCCUUAGUUUGUAAUAAGAAAGCCUUUUUAUUUAGAUCAGUAUGCUUCUGAACACAAGCUGCUGGGAAUCACAAAUGCACACUGUCCAGCUUUUGGAAACCCCAAACGGGGAUAGGUGUCUUCCAGGAUGUGUGCCUGGGCAAGUCAUGUGACCCGCACCUUGCUCUUGCCCCACACCCAAAAAUACAGUCCCGAAAAACUGGGAGUUUUUUUCAGUUCAAGAUCACUGUACCCCAAAUGGCCUUGCAUGAAAAAAUAGGAUGUCCCGUUUUUUCUGGGGCACUUGGCAGGUAUGCAAGUGGGAAGAGUGCUGUUGUGGCUGAGGUUCCAUGUUUGGGCUUCCCAUGGGCAUGUGGUAAGAACAGGGUCUUCUGGGUGGGCCUUUAAACCCGAUCUAGCAGGUCUCACCUUAUGUUCUUAAAUGAACUGCUUGCUUAAUUGAUUCCAUUUAUUAAAAAUUGUGUAUUGCCCAAGCUUCAGCCUGAGUGCCUUUUGAAGGUAUGGCUUCAUCACUGAAUUAACAAUCUCUUGUUGCUAGAAGGGAGAGGCCAUCUUUAAUAGUUUAUUUUCCAUUCCCUAUCUAAGUAAUAUCCCAAAGCCAAGGCAGGUGGUCUUUCUGUAAAGUCUGCCUGUCAGUCUCCCCCCUCUAAUGACAAUUAAUUCAUCAACUAAAGCUCUAGUGGAUUAAUCAGUUUACUGCUUAAAUCUAUGAAAACUUUCAAGCUGCAUAAAGAAAGGAAAAACGAAGAAACCCCCAUAGUGCCUUCCAAUUUAUUUAAUCUUUUGUGAUACUUAUUGCCUGGCUUAAAUUCAUCACACUCAUUUGUAUAAUUUUCCUUAUCCUGCAGUGUGGUUUUUGUUCUAGUACAACCUCACCAAGUGUCCCCGAGACCCCUCUGGGGACAGUGAUCCCCAGAGGUGGGGAUUUGGGGAAUUAUUGUCAGUGGGAUGCUACCAGGACAAUGGGCCUGAUCCUUGCAGUAUAUCAAUGAAGCACUGAGCCAUAGGAUGCAUUCUGAGAUUAAACAUUUUGUUUUGGUCUAGUUUUUAUGUAAAAUAUAAUAGCACCAUCUUGCAACUUCCUGACCACUUUAUUUAGAUGGUUGUGAAACUUUAAUAUUUCAGAGCCAAUUGGAUGGAUUCCUAGGUGUUUUGCAAGAAAGAUCUUUGAAGAUCGAGGGGUUUGUCAGUGAGAUUGAGGCUCUGUUUAAUUCUCUCGAGGUAAGUGUGUGGCAUCUGCCUUCCUUCUCAUUUGUUGAGAAUUUAAUUUUGUUGAGAAUUUUUUAAAAACAAUUAUUCAACUGGAUGGGCCACGGUAUGAACAUAACAUUUUCUUUCUACAGAAGAGGUGACUUUUAACAGCAUGCAAGGACACAUGGACACAAAACUCACUCCAGCUUUGUAUGAAACAUUCCAUCCUUCUGCCUUUCGGAAGCUGGUUGUCAAAGAGACAAACUCAGUUCAAAUUAUUUCAUUGAAUCCUCUGAAUUCCUUUGCAUUUCUGUGGCUUUAUACUACUGUUUUUAGAUUCUGUAUUGAUAUUCGUGAUAUUGCUUAUUGUUUUUAUAUUAUAUAUCGCUUAGAGAUUUUUAAAAUAUUAAGCAGUUUUCAAAUAAAUAGAUAAAACUACUGAAGGGUUCAAGUCAACCAUCAAUCUUUUAGCCCAAGGUUGGGUGGUUUUUCCCUCUCCUGCCAAGCGUUUCGUUCCCUCAGGUCUAAUCUCUUGAGAGCUACAUGACAGCAGUGGGCAGGGCAGGAACUGAAGGUGAGUGUGGCCAUCCUUUUUCUCUCCUUUUUUUUAACCACACACUUUUCUGAUUCUGUCAUGCCCUUCCUCUCCUCUCUCCCUCCCCAUCACUCUCUCACUUUGCCACCUCCUUUUCUUUCUUUCUUUCUUUCUUUCUUUCUUUCUUUCUUUCUUUCUUUCUUUCUCAGACCAUUAGUUGAACUUUUCUGAAUCAGACCAUUAGUUCUACAUUGACUGGCAGCAGGCUCUCCCUGGUCUCAGAUACAGAUCUUCCCAGUCCUGCCUAGUCCCCGAGACCUACUCACUUGUCAAUCACCUGACAUCACUGUGUGAUUUCCCUUUCAACCGUCUAUAGUCUCUGGGCUGAACUAAAAGAGACCCUCUUUGUGAACCCCAUGGAAAGCUUUUGCUAGUUACCACUGAACAAUCUAAGCAGGGAGAAGUGCCCCUGAAAUCACCAGUGCACAGGAGAAAAAUUCACCAAUGAAUUUUAUUUUUUUCCAACAUCUGGCAUUUUUUUUUAACCUCUAGGAAAACUGUAAGGAAAAGGAGCAGCUUUUGGAUGAGCAAAAUGAAAGCAUCAUCAAGACUGUGAUAGGGCACCAUGACAGAAAGCAGCAGAGCUUUGAGGAAGUAAAGAAUGCAAAAAUGGACUAUCUUUAUGAACAGAUGGUUAAUUUUCAAGAAUACAUUGAUACAGCAAAGGACACGUUGGAGGCGAUCUUAAAGGAAACUGAAGAAAUGGAUGAUUUUGUUUUCCUAAGUGUGAGUAUAAAAUUACACUUAAUGCUGAUAAAAAUUGUGCAUUGUGCUGAAAAUAUAUAUAUAUACACAGGCUAUAUUCCUACCUCCAUAACAAAGGAAUAGAGUCUAUGUCCAUUUGUUCUAAAUCUACAUGCAAAUACUCAUAGACCCAUCACAUAACUGGGAUAGAAAUUUAAGGCUGCAAACCUAUAUACACACUUACCUGGGAGACUAUAGAGGCUUAGGCUUCAAUCCCUACCUAAGAGUAAGCCCUAUGGAACAUAGCAGAACUUACUCCUGAGUAAAUGCACAUAGGAAUCCACUGUCAGGUUCCAAUUCUGUGCACUUACCACUUAGUAAGGCCCACUGAGGAAGAGAAUUCGCAAAAAUGGGAUUGUGCUGUUGAGCUCUAAGGUAGUGACCCUAGUUCAGUGCCCUUCCCACCAUGGACCACUUGAAAAUUGUUGGGGGUCUCAGCAGACCACUUAAAUGUUUUUUCUGCCUGUUAUAGCAGUCAUAAUGUACUAUGCUAGAUGCUGGGUGAUCUUUAAUUAUAUUUUUGUUGCUUCUGUUAUUUCUUUUAUCGCAUCACAGUUUUUAUACCAUAGAAUUAAAGAAUAGAAUUCCAUACAAUUCAAAAUCAAUAUGAAUAUUUAGCACAGUAGACCAGGCAUAGGCAAACUCAGCCCUCCAGAUGUUUUGGGACCACAAUUCCCAUCAUCCCUGACCACUGGUCCUGCUAGCUAGGAAUCAUGGGAGUUGUAGUCCCAAAACAUCUGGAGGGCCGAGUUUGCCUAUGCCUGCAGUAGACUUUCUGAACGAUGCCAUAACCUCCAAUAGAAAGUGGACUAAAACUGGGGUGCCAGCUUCCAGGACCACACUCCUGCACAAGUCACGAAGAAAGCACUUUUUUCAUGGAUAAGUUAGAUAAUGGACUAUGUAGAGCAGUCAAAAUUAACAGCAAAAUUAAGAGAAUCUAAUGAUGAGUGUUUUAUGGAAGAAUGGAUGCCAUUUUCAGAUUAUUUAAAGAAAUGCUAUAGAAUGAUGAACUCACAGGCAGGAUUUGAGCUAUGAGCAAUAUAAGUAUUUAGAUUAUAAUAUUGUGAGAUUGUGUGUAGAAAGUGAAAGUAGCCUGUUGUACCAAGGCAACCUUUACAUUUCCUGCCCACCCACCACUGGUACAGUGGUACCUCAGUUUUUGAACGUCUCCGUUGAUGAACGUUUUGGAACUCAAACGCCAUAAACCCGGAAGUAAAUGCUUUGGUUUUCGAACACGCCUCAGAAGUCGAACAGAAAACACGGCUUCCGCUGAGUGCGAGAUCCUAUAGAUGUCGGCUACUGAGUUUCAAUUUUUGAAAGUUUCGGAACUUGAAUGGUCUUCUGGAACGGAUUACGUUCAGAAACAGAGGUACCACUGCAUAUGUGUUGUCUAGAAGGGAAUGUGGCCUCUGGGAUGAUAAAUAUUCCCCUCCCCUGUGCUAUACAUCUGGCACAUUGGAGAAGAAGAACCCCCACAUCUCAGAAACUAUACCAUUGCUAAUUAAUUUGUACAACUGGAAGUAAUCUGAAAUGCAAUACGGUUGAGGGAUCCAUGGUGGGCUUUUAACUCAGAGCCAGUGUGGUGUAGUGGUUAAGAGCGGUAGUCUCAUAAUCUGGGGAACCAGGUUCGCGUCUCCGCUCCUCCACAUGCAGCUGCUGGGUGACCUUGGGCCAGUCACACUUCUCUCAUGUCUCUCAGCCUCACUCACCUCACAGAGUAUUUGUUGUGGGAGAGGAAGGGAAAGGAGAAUGUUAGCUGCUUUGAGACUGCUUAAGGGGAGUGAAAGGCGGGAUAUCAAGUCCAAACUCCUCUUCUUCUUCUUCAUGUUAUAAAGUUAUUGAAGCUUGGAAAGUCUCAAAUGCAGGUAUUAUGCAUAUCACUGUGGUGUUGCACCUCUGGAGGGCAAGAUUCUGCAAAAUGCAUAUGAGGUUAGGAAAGUUGAGCAUGUUUAAAGUGGUACAAUAUCAGAGCUGGGGCAUAUGUCUGUGGAUUUGAUGUCCAGUAUUAUUUUGUGACACACAUUAAUCCGUUCCUUCCCACGUUCCUUUUCCUCCCAUAGUCAUCAGAAGAAAUCAAUAAAAGGUAUAUGAAAUGUAGUUUUGGUGCGUUAUAGUGAGUAUUAGGAACGGCAUGUUUGAAUGCUUUUUAAUACUUCCAAGCUCCGCUGAAGGCAUGCAGCCAUUUCCUCGCCAGAUAUUAAGGAGGAAAUUGUGUGCUUGGUAAUGCAGCUGAAAGUGUUUGAAAUAUUUGCAUGCAUUUUCUCAUUCAUCAUUUAAAUACUAAUAAAUAUGGCAUUAUUCAAUUCUGUCUUUCCUGCAAUAGCAUCUAUGUAGCUGAUUUUUUUAAAAAAGCAGGUGUUUAUCACUGCUGUACACAACCAUUUUAAAAUUCCAGAUGCAUUCUGUUAAAAUGCCAAUAUUUGUGAGUGUUCCUGUUUUGCUGAUUUAAUUUCAAUGUUAGAUGAAAUGUUAAUGAAAAUGAUCCUAGGUGUCUCUUUGGUAGGCUGAGCUAAAUUUAGACCAUAGUGAAGUCCUGCUAGGCCAAUGAGUUUUGAACUUGUCCUGGUAUUUCUGCUUCCUUUGCCAAGAGGAUUACAUUGAAGUUGCAUGUAGUUUGAGAUCGUUUUUAGAAGGGCUACUCCCCAUAGUAAAAUUAAUAUCAAUCCAGGGACCAUUUAUUUGGCUUUGGAAAUGAUUUAUGGCAAGAGAUAAGACUGUAGGGUUAUUGGGGGGUGCGCGGGGGGGGGGGAAUGCGUUUCAGACAGUUGAAAGAUUAUUUGAUAAUAUUGUUUUGCCCAUGCACUAGUAAAACCUCCAAGGCCAAAUAAAAUAGUGGAAUGGGGGAAUAAUAAUAAUAAUAAUAAUAAUAAUUAUUAUUAUUAUUAUUUUAUUUAUAUGCUGCCCAUCAGACUGGGUUGCCCCAGCCUCUCUAGGUGGCUCCCAGCAAAAUAUAAAAAGCACAAUAAAACCAGAAAAACUUCCCUUCAGAUGUCUUCUAAAAGUCAACUAGUUGUUUAUCUGUUUGACAUCUGAUGGGAAGGCAUUCGACAGGGCAGGUGCCACUACUGAGAAGGCCCUCUGCCUUGUUCCCUGUAGCUUCACUUCUCACACUGAAUGAACCAUCAUGGCUGGCUGGGAUCCUGAACAGAAACAGUGAGGCUUACACAGUGCAACUUUUUCUUGCAAUUCCCACUUGCAUUAUUUAAAGAAGUGCAAACUCAUUAGCCUCAUUAGCACAUAACAGUAAAGCAUGUUUAGUUAAUAAAACAAGGGUAGCCAAUGUCGUGCCCCUCAGAAGUUGUGGACUCCAGUUUCCAUCAGCCCCAGCCAGCAUGUGCAAUGGUCAGGAAUUAUGGGGGUUGUCAUCCAAAAUAUCAGGAAUGCACCACAUUGGUUGCUCCUGCAAUAAGCCAUAGUCAAAGAUGAGGCAUUGGACAGACAAUGACUUACACCUUUUAUGCCUCCCUUCCUCCAUUAAAGGAGGGCGAGGCAAGCCAGGUAGACCUGUUCUUCACUCAUGGCUCCAUAGCUUCUGGGUGGUGACUGCUUUUUACACCCAUAGUUAAAAAGCAGCUCUGGGUUCACACUGAAUGCUGAAAUAUAAUUGACAAUAGCUAAGUUUUAUAAAUCAGCUAUAAAGCUUGGCUAAUGAGCAAUCUUUAAGCAUAGUUGAUAACCCAUAGUUAAGCUGCUGGGUUGGUUUCCCACAUAACAGUAAGCUGUUGUUUAAUAAACCAUGGUUUAAUAUUAGGUGCAAACUAGACCAUUGUCUAUUUGCUAUUUAAGCAAUAAUUCAGUUGCAUUCAGCGGCCCCAAUCUUUUGCAUAAAAAAUCUUUGGAUGUUUCUUCUGUCUCAGGGUUAAAAAUAUAUUCUUUUCUCCUUCUCUAAAAUGAGCUCGGCAAAUAAGAGCUAAUUACUUCUAAUCCAUUUUGCUUUCAUUUUUCCUUCUUUUUUGGGGGUUGUUAGCGACUCACCACCAGCUGUUGUACAUUAUCUCUUUGGAAUCAGCCGGCUUCCUGGAUGCUACAGUCAAUUUUCUAUUGCAUUCAAGAAACACUUCAAAGGAUAUUGUCUGUGCAUUUGAACUCCUGCAUUUCUUAAGGGGCUUGCACUGAACUUUAAUUCUGAACACUGCUCUGCUCCAGAACUGGGCAGUUAUGCAUCUGCCAGGCAGUGCUAUAUUUUCAAUUUCAAACUCAGGCAUGAAAUUCACUGGGUGACUUUCAUGCUUGGGCUAGACACUAUGUCUCAGCCUAAUCUAUCUCACGGGUUGUGGUGAGAAUAAAAUGGGGAGAAGGAGAACCAUGUACACUGCUUCAAGCUCCUUAGAGGAAAGAGGGAUAUUAUUAUUAUUAUUAUUAUUAUUAUUAUUAGCAGAUUAAAAAGAGGUCAGGGCUCCUGCACUUUUAGUAGUUGUGAAGGAGAGGUUUAGUAUGAGCAACCUAUUAGUCUAAUUCCAAACAGGGUUUUCAGGUAAGAAUCUAGACAAUCAUCCUUUCCCUAAAGGGUUCUGAGGCAGCAGGAGAGAAUUGGGCAGCUGUGUCUUCAUUCUGCUGCUUGCCAAUUGUUUUGCCUGCUCUCUUUUCCUGCAUGCUGUGGGGGGAAUAAUCAAUAUUCUGAUUGCUGCCAGAAGACAGAAAGGAAAGGGGAGUUUGGGUCAAAGGUACAUAGUGCAAACCAUGAGUUGAUGUUGCACACAUAUUAUGGAAAUGCCUUUCAAUGGGUAUAUAUUUCCCUUUGCAUAGGUUACUUUCUGCAGUGGAGAAUAUUCUGGCUUUGGAAAAGAUACCACCUGCCUUCUCACAGUUUGAACAUUUUGCAAGUGGCUCAGCAAAUGGCAACCAGACCUUAAAACACAUGCCUGGUAAGAAUCUGUGCAAACAUUUGGUGCAUUGCUUGAAAACGCAUGAAACCUAAAAAAAUAAAAAAUGGGGGAGAUGUACACAGGAACGGAAAUGUGACAUUGCUGGCUUCUGCAUGUAAUUAGUAAUCAGCUGAAUCUGAAGUGAAGCCUGAUUGUGCUUGGAUUAUGGAGGAGGAAACUGGAGAAGGAGCAACUAUCACUUCUUGUUCAUGCUGAAAAGACAAGUCACCUGCAGGUCUGGAAUAAUCAUGAUCCCCAGUCAUCUGUAGAGGAGCAUCUUCGCACAUUACAGUGGUACCUCGGGUUAAGUACUUAAUUCGUUCCGGAGGUCCAUUCUUAACCUGAAACAGUUCUUAACCUGAAGCACCACUUUAGCUAAUGGGGCCUCCCGCUGCUGCCGCGCCGCCGGAGCACAAUUUCUGUUCUCAUCCUGAGGUAAAGUUCUUAACCCGAGGUAAUAUUUCUGGGUUAGUGGAGUCUGUAACCUGAAGCGUAUGUAACAUGAGGUACCACUGUAUAAGCAAGGGCCCAAAGAAGGAGUUCAAGUGAGCUGAGCUUCCUCUUGUUGUGCUUCCGGGGCAAUAUGAAAAAGGAGAGCUUGUUAACGUAACAGCUGGCUGGGUGAGGCCAGUGGCUUCUUUAGCCCAGCAUCCCAUUCACACAGCGCCCAACCACAUGCCUGCUCAUCUCCCCUGGAAGCUAUCCUUGUGCUUGGAGUUUCCACCUUUUAACAUUGCCCCUGCAAAUACUUCUUUAUUUAGUAAUUAUUUCUGGCCAGGAAGCGUCAACAUGCCUUGCCCUCAGGUCCCUUCUGGGGCUGAAACCCACAUUGCCCGUCCUCCAGUCAAACAAAUCCUGAUGUUCUGAGCAGUGCUGAGCAGCUGCAUCUGUGACAGAAACUUCCUGAUGGGACAAGCCUGCCUUGGAAGAAGGCAAGGAUCCCUCUUUUGCUAGAGAUUUCCUGCAUCAGUUUGGAGGUAGCGGGGAGUUGACCCAGAUUACCUUUGAGGUCCUUUGCAUGGUCCUACAUAUCUAAUAGGUUGGUUCCUCUUCAGGGACACAGAAAGCAACUAAUUUUCCACCCCACCGAUGUUGCUUUAUUAGCCUUCUUGUAAAGCAUUUUAACAAGAAAUAUGAAUUCUGAGAACUGCUCAUUUGCAGCCACCCACUCCUUCACCUUUCCCCCAGCAUCUAAUUUUAUGUUUGUUGGGAGAGAGUGUGUGUCAUUCUUGAGAAAAGUAGAUUUUGGUGCCAUAAUCAGCUAUGUAUAACUAGCUUUUUAAAGUGAUACCAUUUCAAAUUGUGUUUGCGACAGCAACAAAAUCCAUCCAAAUUUUAGAAAUUGGUCGCCUGCUAUUUGCCCAUAGGUAAAGCUGAGACACUGUGUAUAAAUAUAUGUCUCUUCACAAGAAGCCAGCUGUUUAGUUCAUCUCACACCUUCCCUCAAAAUAUACAAGUGUUUUCCAUUUGAAAAACACAAGAAAAGCAAUUUUCUUUUUUAAAAGAGAAUUUUGGAGAGUGUCUAGUGUGUGUUGAUUAACCACAUAUGGGAGUUGUAAGGGAACCAAACCCAUCCCCAUAAACACAGUGGAAGACUACACAGUUUAGUGGAUUCAGCCCUGGUGACUCCAUCCAGAUGAAGGAUUAAUGUGCAAAGUCCUGCAUCAACUUCCUUCCUCUUUCUGCAGCAGUUGUACUUCCUGUACUUAGAACUGAAUCACUUCCUGCAUUUGUGUGUUCAGACCCAGAAACCUCCCCCCUCAAUAAAUUCACACUUGACUCAAAUUUUUGGUUUGGUUUUUGGCAGAAUUUAGGCCACAACUUUAUUGGUCACAGAAAGUGAUUAGUUGCAUUGGCUCUGGUUCGACUAGCUCCCUGCCAUGCAGGUAGCGCUGACCCAGGAUUCCAGCAUAGGUCAGCCAAGGGUGAACACCUGGAUAAGCAGAAAGCCGGGAACGGGCUAAUUCUGCCACCCAAAUGUCCCCCUGGACUCAGGCACGGACACAACCCCCUCACAGGGGUUGACCAAACCAUCGAGUCCCUGGAUUCCUUUAAUGGAAUACCCUUCACAUAGGGAUGGUGAGAGCAUUCUCCCAUCCCUAUCACCUGAACCAGAGCCUAUCCGCAACCUUACAAGUUGUGAGGAUUUGCUACGCGGCAGGCGAAACCCAAAUGGCAACAGCCAUUCAGCCAAGCGGGGAAAAUUUCUGCCGUGCCCCUGUCCCAAUGACAGACGACACACAAUGGCAUAGCAAGGUCAAGCGCAACAAGCCCUAAAAGUAGGGAGAGGUGGGCGCGUGUUCCGAAUGCAUGCACCAAAAGAGGAAGCUCUGGGUCACAUGCAUGGACAUAAAAAGGUCCCUUGAACCGUUUGGACUGCGUCCCAUUGACCAGAUUGAACCCAGUUUUGAGGGACCUACCAAUCGGUUAUUGUGGCUGACCAAUCGUACCCACCCACAACACAGGGUGUCGAUUGUCCAGGUUUCACCGCAAUACAUGCCCUCUUUAAGGGAGGACCCGAUUUCUCAAUUAGUGCUGAAUCAGUAGUGUGGGAAGCUGCUAUUUGGGCAAGUCCUUGUCAAGAGUAUCAGAAACCCUUCCAGCUUAAAUCUUGAUUCUUCCAGUGCCUGUCUUGCAUGCCUAAGUGAAAACUCUAAUUCACAUGGACUGAUGUUCCAUCACUACAGUGAUGGAAACUGAACCACAACAAAAAUGUUUUAGAAAGAAGCAUUGGUACCUUGUGAGGUAUGCCCUCAUUUCUUUUGCUCCAACGUUGCUUCCAGACAAAGAUUUUUCAGAUUUUUCAGUCUCAAUACCACUUCCCCAUGAAUACAGAGAAGUAUAUCACAAACUAAUUAACUCUGUAUGAGGUUUCAUUGACAGUAAUAUACAAAAAACUCAGACCUUCUAAUACUUGAGAGUCUUAAAUGAUAUUUACAAUACCAAAAUAAUAAUGACAUACACAAAAUAAUAAUGAUAUACACAUACACAAUAUCUCAAAGCCAAACAGUCAAAAUUUCCUGCAAUAAGUAAAAAAAAAAACCAAUUCUCUGUGUGUAUACUUGUUGCUGGUGCAAUUCUGACGGAACUCUGACAACAAGAUAACCAGAUUUCAAUCUCUGUUUCGUAAAUUUUCCAGUCUCCGCAAAAACUUGUUAACUUCAAAUGGUAGAAAGGGGGUGAAACUAAAUAACAGGGGAUACAUUUUUUAAAAAUAUCAAUCCCUAUCAAUCCUGGGGGUGGGAUCUGAUAGGGAAAUACAAUGUUGAAGAAGGUGUAUAACGUUAUUCCCCCUGCACUUCUUUUCUUAAUGGAAAUUUCCAAAAUAGGGCAAACAGCAGGUUUUUUGGAGGGAAAUUUGUUGGGGAAAUGGCAUUGGGUGUGGAAGGGUUAAAACUAACCCCCCAAUGUUGUGAUGUACACUAUUCCAUCUCUACUUUAGCACCUACUUCAUUGCCAUGGUGGGUUAACAGGCUUUCAUGCUCGCUGAAAUAAUUAUUCUGUCUCCAGCCUGAGUAAAUAAGGAAAUAUAAUCUCAUUUGAGUUCCGUGAUGGGAAAGAUGAAUGUUUUGAAUGACAGGCAGCUCUUUUCCUUAAUCACAGAAAAUCUGCUGGUGUCAGCAUGUGCUUUGUUAGUGCCACAGGAAUUCAUGAUUGCAUCAGAAAAUAACCAAAAGCAGAAAACUUUUUUUUAAAAUGUGGAUCUUAAUGUUCAUUUCACAUCAAAUGGAAAUCUGCCAAGGAAGGAGAGGAAGGGAGUAUUUUCUUUUGUUCGACCAAGUAAUUUAAUACUGAGAGAUGUUGGUUUUGAACCUCUCUUUGCAGACAUCCUACAUAGUUAGGAUCAAUAGCCCCAAUGUCUGCAUGCUUAGGUGGAAUAGACACAUUCUUAGAUUUUCGCAAAUCCCCAUAAAGGUGUUGAUCAGUUACCGUAUUUUUUGCUCUAUAAGACACAUUUUUCCCCUCCUAAAAAGUAAGGGGAAAUGUGUGUGCGUCCUAUGGAGCGAAUGCAGGCGGGAGGCUCUGCUCAGCACUCCCUUUAAGAAUGUGUGUGCGGCUCUUGGGGGCUUUUACCCGAGAAGGGAGAAGGGCUGCCCUUCUCCCUCCUCGGGGAAAAGCCCCCAAGAGCCACACAUACGCUCCGUGCGCUCUUUAAAGGGAGCGCAGCUCUUGGGGGAGCCUUCAUCUGCUGUCCUGGCUUCUGGCUUAGCCGCACGCAGCCUCUUGAGGGAAGGGGGAGCCUUCAUCCCGCUGCCCUGAAGAGGCUUCGCCCGUCUAUCCCAGAAGCCAGAUCCCUCUUGCUGUUCUGUGAUUCAGAAUAUUUUUUUUCUUGUUUUCCUCCUCCAAAAACUAGGUGUGUCUUAUGGUCUGGUGCGUCUUAUAGAGCGAAAAAUAUGGUACAUUGAAGGCUCAAACUCCUGAGCAGCUGGGAGGGCAGUUCUAAGAGUCAUACACUUCUGCUUCAAAACUAUAUAGAAAAAUAUUUUUUAAGAGAGAAAUUUGCACUACAAUGCUAAGGAAUUAUGAGGAAUGUUUUUAAAGAAAAAUGGCAAAUGGUGGAAACGUGGAGGACUGAAUAUACAACUAGAAAAAUGAGACAUAUUGACAGAUUUAUCCAUUCCUAGCUGCAGCCUGGAAUGCUCAACAAACAGAGAGGUGUAUGAAUAACUGAUUGCCUAUUUUCUUGCAGUCCCACAGACUCCAAAAUUACAACCUCAGGAUCCAAACUCAGCUACAAGCACAUCGAUUGCAGUGUAUUGGACUGUGAAUGAAGAUGAUGUCAUUGAUUUUUUCCAGGUCUAUUGUAUGGAGGAAUGCCCAGGAAACAGAGAACAAAGUGGUGCGUGAGUGAUGGUGCCUCUCUGCUGGCUGGAGAAGCUGGAGAGGGAAAAGUUUAUAGAAUCAAAUUAUAGGAGUAAAUCAAAAGCAAUAAAAGACAUGAUACAAAAGCAAUAUGAUAGCAUCUAAGAAUGUUUUAGACUGGCAGUUUUCAUCAGCCACAGAAAAUGUGCACUACAUCAGUGAUCUUUUGUUUCUUAUGCUCCAGUUCCUGGGGUUAUUUGCGCAAAUGUUUGGACCGCAUUAAACUUGCUGUUGUUUUGGUCACAAGUCUUGCACUGCACCACUUCCUGCCCAUUCUCUCAUUCCUCCUCUUUCCUUAUUGGAGGGCAAUCUUAAUAUAUUUCUCUUACCUAAGUGCGGCAUCCCUAUUGAAGCUAAAAUGGAUACUUUGCUAUCUUCAUUUCAAGGUGCUGUUUUCCCGUUCUUACAUGUCCAGUUUUCUGACAACCCGCAUCAAAAUCUGGAUGUGUGGAUGCAUGGGUGGAGUUGUAGAAAUUCACCAUUUAUUAAGGCUGGGUAGGAAGCCAAGGCUGAAGAAUAUACAGUGGUACCUCGGGUUAAGUACUUAAUUUGUUCCGGAGGUCCAUUCUUAACCUGAAACUGUUCUUAACCUGAAGCACCACUUUAGCUAAUGGGGCCUCCUGCUGCUGCCACGCCGCCAGAGCACGAUUUCUGUUUUCAUCCUGAAGCAAAGUUCUUAACCCGAGGUAUUAUUUCUGGGUUAGCGGAGUCUGUAACCUGAAGUGUAUAUAACCCGAGGUACCACUGUACAUACAGGAAAUGCAUGGGUAGUAGUGACAAUGAAUGAAAAUAAAAGUGACAAAAUCAUUGGCCUCGAAGUGCUCUUAGGCUGUAUCCUAGGCACACUUACCUGAGCAUAAGCUCCAUUGAACAAUGUAGGACUUGCUUCUGUGUAAAGGUGCACACUGUUAAGGAACAAUAUUAAUAAGAUACAAUAGUACCAACUAGACAGAAUUGUACCUACCUAGAUACUAUGAAUAGCAGAGCUGGUUUCUAAAAUAUACUACAGCCAUACCUUGGUUGUUGAACGACCUGGAAAUCGGAUGUUUUGGCCCCUUCCCCGCUAGCCUUACAGAACCUGCAGAGGUAUGAAGAAGGCAGAGCAUAGACAAACAAGGUGGUGUGGUCUCAGAUUGCUUGGAAAGGACCUGGAGGGAGGAGUCUUAGAGAGCGGUGGGAAGGCAAGGACCUUCAGUCCUCGCGACUGCCUUAUUGGGGCAAGAUCUAGCAGGAGGAGUUGCUGCGCUCACUAGGCCUGUGCUGUUUUGUUUCUUUGAAUAAAGAGUUAAUUUCACUGACACCUUGUGAGUUCUUGUUGACCUGCCGUGACAUUCUCAUGACUUCUUUCCUGUCUGUGUGUGCGUUUACUUGCUCUAGGCUUGGUAGAAGAAUACCGCGUUACUGUGAAGGAGAGCAACUGCAUUUUGGAAGAUUUGGAACCAGGUCACUCUUAUAGUGUGUGGGUUAUGGCUGUGAACUACUCAGGAUGUAGCUUUCCCAGUGGCAAAUCCACAUUUAGAACGGGUAAGUAGCUUGCAAAUUUCCCUGGUGUUUGUAGUUUUUCUGUGUUUAAUACAGAGGGUGUCUAAUGGAAUGCAUGGAGAAUGUGGCCUCUGUGCCCUGUAUUGAUCUUUGUACGAGUGUGCCCUUGGAGAUGUUUCAAAUAGAUGGAUGUCUUUAUGAGAUGCAUAUUGGGCUGGUUCAUGCAUGCCAAUGAUGAUGACAAUGAUUUGUAUACAGCUAAACAUGACAAGAGGGAUGCGGGUGGUGCAGUGGGUUAAACCACAGAGCCUAGGACUUACCGAUCAGAAGGUCGGCGAUUCGAAUCCCUGCAAUGGGGUGAGCUCCCGUUGCUCGUUCCCUGCUCCUGCCAACCUAGCAAUUCAAAAGCAUGUCAAAGUGCAAGUAGAUUAAUAGGUACUGCUCCAGCAGGAAAGUAAACGGCGUUUCCGUGCGCUGCUCUGGUUCACCAGAAGUGGCUUAGUCAUGCUGGCCACAUGACCCGGAAGCUGUACACCGGCUCCCUCGGCCAAUAAAGCGAGAUGAGCACCGCAACCCCAGAGUCAGCCACCACUGGACCUAAUGGUCAGGGGUCCCUUUACCUUUAAACAUGACAAAAUGCAGUACUGCCCGCAUGUACAUUACUCAACACCUGGUGGCUAGCAAUUAAUUUAAUACAUUUAAAGCCCAUCUCCCCUUCUCAUAGUGGAAGGGGAAUGUGUUCCCACACAUUGUGGUACUGAUGGAACUAGCUCCCUCCCAAUCCCUAGGAUUACAGGGAGGGGGAAAAUCUCCUGAUGUUACUGCAAGCAACACAUUUAAUCUAAGGGGUAGUUAAGGCCACUAGUGUAGGAUUGAAGACUUCAUGAGUUAGGCUAAUUGCACUCAGCUGUAUUUUUAGUUUAAUUGUUUUAAUUGCCAGCUGUGAUUCCCCCCUCCUUCCAAAAAGGCAAAUGAGGCAAAGGGCCUCUCCUAAUAAUAAUAAUAAUAAUAAUAGUAACAAUAAUAGUAAUAAUAAUAAUAAUAAUAAUAAUAAGUUUGUCUAGAUCUUAUCACUGUGGGUAUUAUUACCAUUUGAGGAAGGAAAACCUAUGAAGGGUGGGGGGAGAAGACUUUAAAGAAAUUGAUGAGGAGUGUCAGCUUGAUAUUAGCAAUACUGAUGUGCUCAUUCCUUUCAGCGUAUAACGGCUGCAGCUAUCACUACCGUAUGUAGCAGAGCUAACACGGUGUUGUAUUCGCAGCUCCCCCGACCCCUGUAAUAAAGGCAGAAGAAUGCAGUGUGUGUUGGGACGCUGCCACCAUCCGAUGGAGCACCAGUAACCCAGAAGCAACAGACUCUUUCACGCUCGAGUACUGCAGACAGUAUUCUCCUGAAGGAGAAGGUCUGAGGUCAGUCCCCUGUGCUCUGAAAUGCAGAUGGGCUGGAUUGGAAGCUAAAAGGAAUGUUCCAGGAUUGGGAUUAUUUUGAGGGGAAAUAAUUUUGUGCGGCUCGAUCUUCCUAAGAAAGAGAGAUCAGCUUUGCAAUGGAGAUUAACAUUUGUGCCAGAUGCUAAUCUCUGAGAUUAUACUCGGAAAAUCAGAAAUACCUUUAAUUUGUGCUACUAAAGAACAAAACUACUAGAGACUAAGCCCCAAAGGCUUCCUUGGGUCCUGUCCAAGCCAUCCAGAAAUGGAUUAAAUAUACGAGGCCUUGGGCUGACCUAUCUGCAUCCUAUGCAUGCUGUUGAGUUCAUCUGCAAAGACAGCAAGGCCGACAUAACUGCAGCACUCUUCCUAACUGCUAUCCACUCAGUGGAUAAUGCUGUAUCAGAGAUACAGCAGUUCAGAUUCUAUGUGGACGUAUACCAGCUUCUCAGUCUGCUAGGUCAAGGGCUCUCACGCUAGGAAAUGGGUGAGUUUUAAUGUUCUGCAACAGAGGAAUCCAACAUAAUGGUUGUGCCAAUGGAAACUUGGUGCGUAACAGAUUCCACUUGCGCAGCUCUGCUCCACUGGUGUGAAACAUUUUGCCAGUGGAACAAGAAUAUCAGUUGCUUUAUAUGCCACUACAUUGUGUACAACCCUAAACUGAUAUUGUUCAGCCUGAUGGAAUGAUUGUUAUAAAGAGACAAUGGGAUAUCCCUCCUAUAUGCUUCCCUGAGCUGCUUGGUGGACCUGUGGGCUAUGAGUGAAAUAAACAUACUGAGCAGAUCUCCGCUGUCUCCCCCACCUGCAAAAUAAUAAUAAUGCACUAGAUCAGCUUUCUCCCAACCUGGCACCUUCCAGAUCUUCCCCAGCUGGCUGGUGCUGAUGCUGCAUUGCAAUCCUAAAUAUCUGGAAGGCACCAGGUUGGGAAGGGAUGCCCAGGUGAUGGAGCAUGUGAUGGAGGGGGAAUUGUACCAUGCUCUGAGCUUAGGAGCCCAGUCCUGGAAGAAGGAUGGUGAUGUUCUUCUUAUCAGUGAAUUCCUUAGCUGGAAAAGGAUAAGUUAGGAGGCUCCCAUUUUGCUUGUGCCACCUCCUCUAGAGUUUACUUAGCAUAAUGGUUCAUUUGGACCUGAGAACCAUUUUCUCUUCCUGUUUUUUGUUUGCAUUUUGUUUUGCUGGCAAAUGCAAGUUGUUAAAGGGAGCAAUGUGUAUUUGCAUACUGGCCUCCAUCCCGGGAGCUGUGUCGGGUCCUGGGGAAAGAAGGAUGAGCUCCAGAGCAAAGACUGGGGUAAUUAAUUCAUUAGUUGAAGGCAGGAACAGAGCACUGCUAUGAUUCAAAAAAGCUUCUUUUAUUUUAUUUUUGCAAUUCAUUUAGUGGUUGCACAUUUUGUUUAAAUUUGGGUGUGUGUGUGGGGAGUUUUAAGCAGCUUUGCAACUUUUCUGUGAUAUUGACUCCUGGGAACACUCAGUUGGUAGAGUAUGAGACUCUUAAUGUCAUGGGUUCGAGCCCCAAAUUGUCCAAAAAAAUUCCUGAGUUCCAGGGCAUUUGACUAGAUGACCCUUCCAACUCUACAGUUCUGUAAUUCUUUGAGAGGGAAAGCUCUCCCUUCCAGAUCCUCUGAAGACCUGCCACACUAAAGAAGCCAUAUUUCCCCAGACAGAAGGUGCGUACACAAAACAUGCUGGUUGCAUGAAAUAGCCACCAAAAUCACUACUGUGACAUCUUAUCUCAAGCACACGGUCUAUUUGUGCUUGUGAUCGCCUUUGAAGAACAGAAAUGAUGUUCACAAGCUCUUCAUUCUUGCCACAUCUGCUGUGUUUAUUACAGCUUUGUGGAGACACAGAAAGCUGUCUGUUCAAAACAGCUUGCAGUAGCAAAACUUGCUGAAGGAACACUUUUGUCUCCCUGUGAUCAAAAUUAAGAAGAGAGCAGCACUCAAAACCUGAGUAGAAUUUUAGAUGCAUUAACACUGCUUUGUGUUAUGGAACAUGAUUUGAAAAUCAGUCUUGCUCUGAGCAUUUGUUACCUGGGUGAAGAGUAAGGUCCAACCUGAAACCAGGCCUACUCCACAUGGACAGAAGGUGCUUUGAUAACAGAUUCCAUCACAUGUUUUUUUUAAAAAAUCUCUGUAUCAAGUAGCUUGCUGUCCCAAACUGUUGAAUGGUUUCUUUAAAUGUAAAGGUUCAUCACUGUUCCACCCGAUGUGUAUGUCUUUAAGGGGCCAGAGCAAGGGCCAGAGCAAGAUAACGAGACCCAGCUUUACAGCUGUGAAACAUAGCAGGUGCUGCUGAGUUCUGUUGAUUAAGCUGUGUUGGCAAUUGGGUGUAGUAUAUAAGGAGCAGCACUUAGCUCUCCCAUUACCCUGGGGGAUGGGUUGGUGGUUGGGUCAUGUUUGUUUGUUCAUGUAUUUAGUGUAAAAGGAGUUUUUGUUUUUCUUAUUAAAACCUUGUUUAAGUUAUUUUUGAGUCCCUUUUGAGUGCAUGGUCUCCCCAGCAAGCUCUCUGCAGUGCUACCAUACUGCAAAAAGCCAACACAAACUAGACUCAUCUAAAUGUUGCCAUAACAUAGCGCUUUAAUGUCAGGGUGGGGAGAAAUUGGGUGGGUUUGGUUCACAUUUUAAUGCAAACCUGCCAAAUUCACACUCCUGGGGAAAAAACAGCUAUCUGAUGAAAUUUGCAUUUGCCAAAUUUCUAGUCCACAGAUGAGAGAGAGAUUUGCUUUGCCUCACAUUUUAAUGCAAACCUAUUUGAUUUGUAUUCCCAAAAUGAUAUGCAAACUAAAAUGAAGCUUGUAUUUCUCUGCAUUGUUUGAUGCUGUUAUCCAAUCAAGUAAUAUGUUUAUUAGGGGAAAGUGCAUUAUAUUACAGAUGGUGCUUUGCAAGAAUGUGUCAAUUAGGAAAACUUUCAUACAAAAGUGUGUACAAGAGGAGAAAUGCACACUUUAAUGAUGCUGAAUUUUCAUGAUGACUUUUUGGGGGCUUGGGGAAAUCACAAACUGAUACAGAAAUCUGGACGAUUGAAUUUAAGACUGGAAAAAUGAGAGAAGUUGAGAACUCAUCCAUCCCUGUUCGAGUCCCCAGUCUAUAAAGGUAAAGGGGUAAAGGGACCCCUGACCAUUAGGUCCAGUUGUGACCGCCUCUGGGGUUGCGGCGCUCAUCUUGCUUUAUUGGCCGAGGGAGCUGGUGUACAGCUUCCGGGUCAUGUGGCCAGCAUGACUAAGCCACUUCUGGCGAACCAGAGCAGCGCACGGAAACGCCGUUUACCUUCCUGCUGGAGUGGUACCUAUUUAUCUACUUGCACUUUGAUGUGCUUUCGAACUGCUAGGUUGGCAGGAGCAGGGACCGAGCAACCGUCGUGGGGAUUCGAACUGCCAAUCUUCUGAUCAGCAAGUCCUAGGCUCUGUGGUUUAACCCACAGCGCCACCCUCGUCCCUUCCCCAGUCUAUAGCAAACAUCAAAUCCUUGCUUUUUCUCUGAGUGAUGUUUCUAUCCUGCUGCAAACAGCAGCAAAGAAAAUGGGAUAAAUCCUAGCAGCCUGGCUCUCUAGCUUCACUUGAGGUCCAUGAUAAAGAAUGCUUAGCUAGAGGGAAAGCUAUGGAGAGCUAUUUUUGUGGCUGGUUUCUCUUUAUUUCCCUUAAAUAAAAGAAAACAAAUUAUGGAAGGCAUAAUUCCUUGUGUCUUUCAUACAGAAAGAGGGGAAUUGAAUCAGCAAUAAAGCAAAUUUCCUAGAAUCAUCAAAGGAAGCCGCAAAUGAGGGUCAUUGAUUCAGCAAGCAGUUGGAUAAAUGCAGCUGGGAGAAUAUAGCAGUAAAGUCUCUUGAUGGGAAGUAAAUUUUGUUUUAUUUUUAUUUUUUAAAAAUAGAAAUAAAAUGCCAUUUAUAUUCCAGCUUAACUUUCUCCUACAGUGCACCAACAUUAUGGCUUUACAAGUUAGAAGUAAUAUCAUACCAGAGGGUUUCCCCUAAUAACAAACCCCUAAUGGAAACAUAAAUAUUUAUAAUUAAUUACUGUUACUGCAUUAUUACUUUUAUAAAUAUAUAUCUGUAUACAUAUUUAUGGGUGUGGAGAGUCUCCUUCAGGUGUACAGGGCUGAGGCCAUUUAGGGUUUUAAAUUUCAGCACCAACACUUUGAUUUGGGCUCGGAAAUGUACUUGGGGUCUUUCAGGACUGGUGUGAUAUGGUCCCAGUGGCUUCUCCCAGUUACCAGUCUACCUGCCGCAUUCUGGAUUAGUUGUAGUUUCCGAGUCACCUUCAAAGGGAGCCCCACAUAGGGCAUAUAGCUCAAGAAGGAGAUAACCAGGGUAUGUACCACUCCAGCAAGACAGUGUGCAGGUAGGUAGGGUCUCAGCCGGCAUACCUGAUGGAGCUGGUAGACACAGAAUUAACCUGUGCCUCCAUGGACAGCUGUGAGUCCAAAAUGACUCCCAGGCUGCACAUCUGGUUCUUUAGGGGCACAGCCACUCCAUUCAGGACCAGGGAGCCCGCCACACCUGCCCGCCCUCUUUCCCCCAGAAACAGUACUUCUGUCAGGAUUCAACUUCAAUCCGUUAGCCGCCAUUCAAUCUGCUUCUCUUCAUUCCUUCAUUUGGUAAAUGGCUUAUCUGUUAGCUGUAGUGUAAGGAGCAAUGCGGACAUGUAGCAUAUUUACUUGGAAGUAAGACCCAUUAAAUCCAAUGGAAUUUACUUCCUACUGCAUGUGCAAAGGAUUACACCCACGGUUAGCAGAAUGUGGAGUUUUCUAUAACUGGUCAAAUUUCCAAUCAUUUCUCCUGAACAGAAGUUGAAUCAAGUUAGUUCUGGCGGUUCCCUCGCUGCGAGAAGCCAAGUUACAGGGAACCAGGCAGAGGGCCUUCUCGGUAGUGGCACCCGCCCUGUGGAACACCCUCCCACCAGAUGUCAAAGAGAAAAAUAACUACCAAAAUUUUAGAAGACAUCUGAAGGCAGCCCUGUUUAGGGAAGCUUUUAAUGUUUAAUAGGUUAUUGUAUUUUAGUGUUUUGUUGGAAGCCGCCCAGAGUGGCUGGGGAAACCCAGCCAGAUGGGCGGGGUAUAAAUAAGAAAUUAUUAUUAUAUUGUUAUUAUAAGGGAUGCGGGUGGUGCUGUGGUCUAAACCACUGAGCCUCUUGGGCUUGCCGAUCAGAAGGUCAGCGGUUCAAAUCCCCACGACGGGGUGAGCUCCCAUUGCUCGGUCCCAGCUCCUGCCAACCUAGCAGUUCAAAAGCAUGCCAAAAAGUACAAGUAGAUAAAUAGGUACCGCUCUGGCGGGAAGGUAAAAAGCUCUUCCAUGCGCUGCUCUGAUUUCGGUGUUCCAUUGCACCAGAAGCAGCUUAUUCAUGCUGGCCACAUGACCUGGAAAAACUGUCUGCGGACAAAUGCCUGUAAAGCAUGAUGAGCGCUGCAACCCCAGAGCUGUCCGCGACUGGACUUAACUGUCAGGGGUCCCUUUACCUUUACCUUUACCUUUGGUUCAUUAUAAGUCAGAGGGAGGAGAAGCAAAUGUUGAUUAGCAAUUUGUACAGAACCAACACUGAACCUGACAAAGCAGCCAUUGCCAGCUGUGAAGUUCACCUUCAUCCUCCCUGCCUGUAGGAGACGCUGUAAAAGAAUUCCUGCUGCAUUCAUCCCCACUAAUUCCCAGAUAAUUCAGUUGCAUUGCUUACAAUGAUCCUACUGAUAAAGCACUGACGUGCAUAACAGUUCACCAUUUUUUAUGUGUAGUAAAAGAGAACAUUGUACAUUAGAGGGGAAGAGGAGAAGCACAGUUAGUCAAAAGCAAUAGAGUUUGAUUGUAGCCAAAAGCAAUAGAGUUUGAUUCCCAUAACUUUUUUGCAAGGGGGGGGGGCAGGGCGGGGCAGGGAAGAAUCCAAAAAUUGUAGAAUGUGCUUAGGAUCUUCCUGUCUUAGAGGAAGAGUAAUGGUACCUUUAAAAAGUAAUGUAUUUUGUCCCUUUUUUUCUUAUGUCCUCUGCAUUCUGUCAAAAGCUCUCAUAGCAACCGCGUAAUCUUGAAAGACUGCCAGGAUCUGUCACGCUCUGCUAGUACAAUGGAGCCAUUCUAUUUUCAGUGGUACUUAAAGUGCGUAGCUGUAGUAUAUAGACUCUGCUAUAUAGACCAUCUGUAGUGCUCAGCGUAUUUUAAAAGACUGAUUACCUCACCACCACCUUCUUCUGUGAUAGGAGUGACAUAGAGCUUAUCCGCACUUCCCUUUUGCCUUGCUGUUUCAAGGCACAGAUCUGUGCUUAAAAGCUCUGCGUCUGAGCAUGGGGGAGGUUUUUGGCCCUGAGCUUUCUCCAUGAAAAACUGCUCUUUAAAGCUCAAUUGGAGCAAAUGUCAAUUUGGGUUCUCUGCAGAUUGCUGUUUGCUCCAGGUGAGCUCCAGGUGGGUUUUCAUGUGGAAAGCAAACAAAAGUCAGGCACUCUCACACAGAGCAUGAACCAUGCCUGGAAAGAGCAGAGGAAAGGUAAGGUGGAUAAACCUAUUGUUCACAUUAGUUUGAUAGUUUACAUUAUAUUAAACCCCAAAGCUGAUCUGGAGACGAAGAAAUGAACGAACCAUUCCCCCCUUUGCUGUGAUCAAUAUCUUAGCAGUACAUUAUCUAUGCUCUUCCCUUGCUGUCAUUGUAGUUACACUAGCUCUAGGGCGGGGUACCUCAGGUCCGGAGGCCAAAUGUACCCCUCUAGCCCUCUUUGUCUGGCUCCUUGGGCUAUACCUCAGCUCCAGGCCACAUUCCUCAAUGUGCUCCACAUCCUCCACAAUGUGUUCCUGCUCCACAUCCCCUUCUAGUUCAUUUACCUGGCUGGAAGGUGCCCUUGAACUGUAAUAAUGCUGAGAACUAUAGCUUGCCAAGGGUGCUGAGAGUUGUUUAAAAAAGGUAAAGGACCCCUGACAGUUAAGUCCAGUCGCGAACGGCUCUGGGGUUGUGGCGCUCAUCUCGCUUUACUGGCCGAGGGAGCCGACGUUUGUCUGCAGACAGUUUUUCCGGGUCAUGUGGCCAGCAUGACUAAGCUGCUUCUGGCGAACCAGAGCAGUGCACGGAAACGCCGUUUACCUUCCCGCCGGAGCGGUACCUAUUUAUCUACUUGCACUUUGACGUGCUUUCAAACUGCUAGGUUGGCAGGAGCAGGGACCGAGCAACGGGAGUUCACCCCAUCGCAGAGAUUCGAACCGCCAACCUUCUGAUCGGCAAGCCCAAGGCUUGGUGGUUUACACCACAUAAUGCUUGGGGAAGGGAGCCAUGACUGGUGUAGGAGUCAUUUCACUCAAAUUGUUAUUUCUUUAAAACUUUUUAUACCCUGCCUAUCUGUCAUUAAGUAAAUAAACUCCCAAGGUGACCCACAUUGGACAUACCUUGCCAUGUAGCAUUCUGCCUGUGCAGUUCUGUUACGAGUUGUUCCCAUAUGGGAGGGUUGACUGCAUUCGACUGCUUAUCUCUGUUCGCAGUGAGUGUGCGUUUGUUUUCCUGCGCUUGCUGCAUAUGCUGGCACUUCCUCGGAAAUGUGGAACAGCUAGCAUUUGUUAUGUGAAAAUAUUGUGGAUGUGUGGAUGAUAUGUAGGAGGGCACUGGUAUCCGAGUGCCAAGGCCCUGCGCAUAUACUGCUCUAGUCUUCAUUAAGGCUGCACUGAAUAUUCUCUAGUUUGCCAUGAAAUCAGCACACUUGACACAGGCAACCUAUGGGGGGUGGGGAGUACCCACUUUGCUGAACGUGUGAAUAAUAUCAGUGGUCUUUGCUACCACUUAGAUCCCUUGGUUGCUGCUUUUGCCUGACUAUUGGCCAUGGUGACUGGGGCUGAUGGGAGUUAGAGUCAUAGAAUCAUAGAAUCUUAGAGUUGGAAGAGACCCCAAGGGUCAUCUAGUCCAACCCCUGCAAUGCAGGAAUCUCAGCUAAAGUAUCCAUGACAGAUGGCCAUCCAACCUCUGCUUAAAAACCCCCAAGGAAGGAGAGUCCACAACCUCUCAAGGGAGACCAUUCCACAGUUGAACAUCAUUUACUGUCAGAAAGUUUUUCCCUGUUGUUUAGUCGGAAUCUUCUUUCUUGUACAGUGGUACCUUGGGUUACAGACGCUUCAGGUUACAUAUGCUUCAGGUUACAGAUUCCGCUAACCCAGAAAUAGUACCUUGGGUUAAGAACUUUGCUUCAGGAUGAGAACAGAAAUCGUGCGGCGGUGGUGGCUGCGGCUGUGGGAGGCCCCAUUAACUAAAGUGGUACCUCAGGUUGAGAACAGUUUCAGGUUAAGAAUCAACCUCAAGAAUGAAUUAAGUUCUUAACCUGAGGUACCACUGUAACUUGAAGCCAUUGGUUCGAGUCCUACCCUUCAGAGCAGGAGAAAACAAGCUUGUUCUCUCUUCCAUGUGAAGGCCCUUGAAAUAUUUGAAGAUGGCUAUCAUAUCUCCUCUCAGUCUAUUCUUUUCCAGGCUCAACAUACCCAGCUCCUUCAACCAUUCUUCAUAAGGCUUUGUUUCCAGACCAGCAACAUCUCAAAAGUCUCAGGUUUCCCAUCCCUGAUUUAGGUUUUGUUCACUGAAUGUGGGUAUUCAGAGCAGACCCUGCCACUGACAUCCCCCUUCCCAACUGCAACACACCAACUGGACAGGUGACCUCUGUCACUGAUGCUAACCAGGAGCACAAAUGUUCACCUGAUUGAAAUUACACAUGUGCCUUGUUGAAUUGAGGCUGUGCAGUCACAUUCCCCUUUGACAGGCUACUUGUUUUCAUGAAGCCGAGUUAUAUUUGAUUUUGUAUUUAUUGUAUUAUUCUGGGAUAAGAGUGAAGGAGCCUAUACAGUGGUAUCUCGGGUUAAGAACUUAAUUCGUUCCGGAGGUCUGUUCUUAACCUGAAACUGUUCUUAACCUGAGGUACCACUUUAGCUAAUGGGGCCUCCUGCCGCCGUGAUGUGAUUUCUGUUCUCAUCCUGAAGCAAAGUUCUUAACCCAAGGUACUAUUUCUGGGUUAGCGGAAUCUGUAACCUGAGGUACCACUGUAAAUAGGGUCAGAUUAAAAUGGCCGCUUACCACCUUUCCUGGUGAGCAGUGGUUGCAGCCCAACGCGGCACCUCCUCUCCCCUUUGCCUGUCUCCCUGUCCCCCUCGGCUGCUGCGAAGUCUCACAGGUUCCUGCCAAAACCCGUCCAUUCAAAUGGGCCAAUCCACGGCAGGCUUCCCUCAGGUCCGCCCUCCAUCUACUUAGCCCAGCCAACCCCCAAACACGGCACCCAGUUGGGUGCGCCGGGGUUGGGGUCUCUGUGGCUGGGCAUGCAAGUAGAAUAUGAAAGUCUUUGAAAUCCACUCUAGCUGAAAACAGCUCUCUUUGAAGUUGGAAUGUAUUUCAACCCUUCAGGUUUUUUUAAUGGCAAAAGGGCAUUGUAUAAAUGAAUGAGAUGUAGCGACCAGUCCUCUCAAGGUCUCUGAUGUAGAACUGUGUUGACAGUGACUGCUGUUUGCUCAGCAUAAAGAAUAUAUAUGAAGUAAAAAGACAUUGAGUAUACUUAUGAACAAAGAAUAAUGCUUUAAAAAAGAAAUCAACCAUAAGAAGAUAUGUCCUUUAUUCUUCAGCUUCUGGUGCUAUCUGGUGGAAGCUGGUGAAAAAACAGCUUCUAGCAUUACAGUCUGACAACCUGUUUAAGAGCAUUGAAGCUGUUAUAAGUAGAAGCUCUGUUAAUUGUGAUGUGGGCAUGGAUAUAUUUUAUCUCACUAUUAUCUUCAAUCAAGUUUUGGUGCAAAAUUUGUUUAUCAUAAGCUUAAGGGAUAUCAAAACAAUCCCAGUUUCACGCUGCCUUCAGCUCUCUGUUGUAUGUCUCCAGUCCAAUAGAAGUGUUAUUGUGUAGUGUUGGUCUUUUGAGCUGGUGCAGCAAAAAAAGAACGCAACUCCUCACAAACACACCCCUUGUGCCCUGACAGGCUUUGGAUACGGCAGUGAAUCUGCUGGUCUGCAUCCCCGGCCACUCAUUAGGAUUGCUGUCAUCAUUUUUCUUUUGUUUCCACUUCAUAGUCUUCUCAGUUGUUGUUUUUUUAAAUGAUAUUUAUUAAAAUUUCAGAAACAAAAAAUUACAUAGUUAAAGAGAAAAGAAACAAGAGAAAAAAUAAAAAAGAGAAAAAACAUACAAAAUACAAAGUACAGAAAAAAAAAAACCACUUAAAAACAAAUUAAUCCUUCCGUAUCUUACAUUUCAUUUCCUUGCUUCCCUGACCUCCUCUCACUUCCCUUUUUUGUAUUUCAGUUCAAUUGGUUAAUUCAGCAAUUCCUUUCCCUCUUUGUUUUUGUCUUAGUCCUUUAACUUAAUAUAUUAUAGCUUUAGAUUCUCACCUAUUAACAAUCCAUUUUUACAUACACCUUUAUGACAUUGCUGCUAAAACCACUUAACUUCAUUCUGACAUCAUUCUAACAUUCAUUAAUUUUGCAAUAUUUCUGUAAAUAGUCUUUAAAUUUCUUCCAAUCUUCUUCCACCGACUCUUCUCCCUGGUCUCGGAUUCUGCCAGUCAUUUCCGCCAGUUCCAUGUAGUCCAUCACCUUCAUCUGCCAUUCUUCCAGAGUGGGUAGAUCUUGUGUCUUCCAAUACUUUGCAAUAAGUAUUCUUGCUGCUGUUGUGGCAUACAUAAAGUUCUAUCCUUCUUUAGCACCAAUUGGCCGACUAUGCCCAGGAGAAAGGCCCUCUGGUUUCUUCAAGAAGGUAUAUUUAAAUACCUUUUUCAAUUCAUUAUAGAUCAUCUCCCAGAAAGCCUUAAUCCUUGGGCACGUCCACCAAAGGUGAAAGAAUGUACCCAUAGUCUUCUCAGUUUGGACCUGCUUUUGGGGGAUUUUGUUAUGUCGCCUUUUCUGAAAAGCUGAUGCACCAAAGUAGGUUGGCAAGGGGGAGUGGUUCAUUGAGAUCUCUUCUUGGAAACAUGGCUUCUGACAAUCUCUUACAGGGAGAGUCUCCAAAGUUCCUUCCCUGUGAUCAUGCUCAUCUUUUUGAAAGGACUGUCUUUCCAAAGGCAGCCAUAACAUAGCAGUCAGGAACCUUGUGGUUCCAUGGGCAUCACAGUGACACCUGGUGAUUGACAGUUGGGUGGCCCCACUGUUGGUGAACUGCAGGAGGCCAGGUCCUGUUCCUCACCCCCACCAUAAAUGUUUCUUUUUGAAAACUGCACUUUGGACAAUGGUUUCUGUGAGAAAAUGCUUUUUACCUUGUUUCUUCUUAGAGUUUUUGUCUAAGUUGGAACUGUUUUGUAUCGAUACUGAUAAAAUGUGUAUGUGUGUGUAGAUAUUAAAAAAUCCCAAGUUGUCUUCCUCCCCUCUUUAAGGAGAAAAAUAAAGGUCCCUUUAUUUUUUCCCCUGCUGAGAGAAAAGCAGCUUGAGGGCCAGGAGUGAUUUUUGAGAGGGCAAACAGUUAUGGAUUUUCUUCCACAUAAUUCAGUAUAUGUUUAUUAUAUAUUUCAGAUCCCUGGCUGGAAUUAAACGACCUGAAAUGAAAGUUCACCUAGAAUCCAAUGUAAAUUAUUUCUUUUACGUGAGAGCAAUUAACAUCUUUGGGACAAGUGAACAGAGUGAAGCUGCUCUCAUCUCGACCAGAGGUAGAUAAACACUUUCUAACUUGUGGGAAAGGAUUCCUUUUUGUCUCGGAAGGAAAUGCAAAUGCCUUUUAGUAAAUUCUGUUGUACAUUGUUUCAGUGACAGUGAUUACUGUAGGCCUUAAGAUUUUGUGAUUCACUACAAAUGCACAAUGUAAUAAUAAUCCCUGAAGUGGUGUUUUAUUGCUUUCCUGUGAAUCACAUCAGGAACUAGAUUUCACAUAAUGAAAGAAACAGCUGCCCCUACUUUGCAAGUGUCACCAAGUGGAACCAUGAUAUGCCUUCCUGAGGAAACUGAAGCCACUGGGUAAGUACUACUCAUAUUUACUCCUCCUUACUAUUGAGCAUUAUUGUCAACAGGAUGUGAAGAUCUAUGUAGGUUAGGGAUGAGAGAAAUUCAUUUCAGUUUGCCUCGAAGCAUGAAACCACCAAAUUAGCAAUUUCCAAACCAAAACACAACCAAUUCAAUUCUUAAUUCAGUUCAGAACCAAGGAGUGUGUACAAAAAUGUGUGUACUAGGGUGAAAGAAUGCGCAAAUUGGUGAAAAUAGCAUACAAAAUGCAUUAUAUUAUGCAAAAUUGCUUUGUAAAAAUCUAUACUGGGCACAUCUCCCUCUCUCUCUCUCUCUCUCUCUCUCUCUCUCUCUCUCUCUCUCUCUCUCUCAUUACUGAACUGGUUGGAUUAAAAACAAAGCCAAACAUUCCUAUCCUGAAUAUUCGACAACGGACAAAUUUCAAUAUGCAUACAUAAAAAAAUGCAACACAGGCUUGUUUCUUCUUUUGAGGCAGGUGAAAUCUCACUGUUAAAGGUGAAGACCCGGGGUCAGCAAGCUUUUUCAGCAGGCGGCCGGUCCACUGUCCCUCAGACCUUGUGGGGGGCCAGACUAUACUUUGAAAAAAUAAUAAUGAAUGAAUUCCUAUGCCCCACAAAUAACUCAGAGAUGCAUUUUAAAUAAAAGGACACAUUCUACUUAUGUAAAAACACGCUGAUUCCCGGACCAUCCAUGGGCCGGAUUUAGAAGGCGACUGGGCUGGAUCUGGCCCCCAGGCCUUAGUUUGCCUACCCAUGGUGAAGACAUUGGACCUUUCUGAUGCCAAAGGUUCAAACCAUUCUUUGACUUUGGCCAAUAUAAUGCUGCAUUUGUUUCUGUUAUUUCUGUGUGCAGCAUCUCCCCAGUACUGGGUGAGCUCCUGUCUGCUCGAGGAUGGCACUACUGGGAAACAACUGUGAGUGACUGUUCAGCUUACAAGGUUGGGAUCUGCUAUUCUACUAUGCCACAAGACAGCAUCCUGGGGCAGAACAAUGCUUCCUGGUGCUUGCAUUGUCCUAGCAAGACAAGGUAAUAAAGAACAUCUUAUUUUUUAAAAAAGCUGUGAAAUUACAUGUCCUUUCCAGUCUAUUCCUUCUCCUCCCUUCCCCUAUGGAUGCAUGGGUGUGUGUUGAUUUUCUAUUUGUAAGCCACUGGAAGAGGUACGUGGCAACUUUCAAAAGGUAUACAGCGCUUACAGGGGCGUCAUUUAUUAUUAAGUGUUGUACUUCUGCAUCCCUCAAGGUUCCCCCAGAUUCACUGGAAAUUUUGUUUGUGGGUAGUGCUGCUAGGCCUACAAAAUGAUCAGCUUGGCACCACCAAAGUUGAGCAUUAGAGGGAGUGAUAAAUAAAUAGUGAUGUGUUGCCUUGGAGGACAGCUUGGAUGUUAUGGAAAGUGGCAAGAAGCAUAAGCACAAGUGAUGUCCAAAGGAGGACGUCUUUGGACAUCUUCUUGUAUGUUGAGAUUGUGGGAAUGUUCAGGAUGGCAGGAGAGGAUAUAUUGUUUAUUAACAUUCUUCCUAACUUGCACUAGCAACUCAUAUGUCUCAGUGCAGGAGAGAUGUGCAAAUGCUCCCUCCAGAUGUUACACUAGUGGCAUGGAAUAUGGAUCCUUAGUUGCACAUUGGCUAAGCAACAGCUGGGGGCAGCAAGAUGAGGUUCACGAUGCAUUGGGUGGAAUGUUAGCCCUUUAUCCGUGCUCUGUAAUAAGCUGCUAUCAGCUGCAGGAGGGAAACAUCUAUUGGCACCCAGUUUCCUUUGCCAUGAUUACAACAACCCUGUGAAAAAGGCCCAUUUGCAGCUGGGGUACUGAGUCUGAACGCUUAGGAUUAUAGUGUCUCAAAGAAAUCCCAUCUCAAUAUUUUUUUUCUGGAUGGCACAACUUUCAUCAACCGAAAUAGGAGCAGAAAUUCGAGCCUCUGGAAUUUGUAGCUGUAAUGAAUACUCCAACCACAAGAUCGACCCGUCUGUUCCCUGGUCUGAUUUUCCUGUGUAUGUGAGACAUUUCUACCAUAGCUGCUUCACCCGAGGUCAUCUUGAUGAUUUAGCAGGUGACAGGGCGAAGGAGAGGGAUGUUUUUUUGGAGAGAAUCCAGGACUCUGAAAGGCUGGAUGAUUGGUGACUGAGAAUAGUGCUCUGAUGAUAUACUCCCUGUCCUCUACACUGGCAGAUAAGGUUACGCCGUGGGUGCUUCUUAGGCUUCCACUUUCCAUAAUCUGAUCAGGAGUUUUAGUAUUACAGCCAUAACCAUCAAUGGCAGGUUAUAUUUAAUGCUUGUAAUGUUGCAUUUCAAGGUGCCCGCUUCCUGAAAUAUUUUAUAGUAUGUAACACAUUUCAAGUGUUUAAUUUGCAUCACAUAAAUUAUCUCAGGAACAGCUCUGUGCAACAGGUCAGAAUUAUUUGUCCUGUGUGAUCAUUUACUUCUGUGUAGAACUGGGUGUGCAGAGGGGAUUGACCCAGAGGGGACUGGAAUUGCAUCGUCUAGACCCACUCCUAAUCUCUGUCCAUUCAAGGUGUGGUAUCUACAGGAGCCUAUGUGUUUUUACCCAAAUGUAUGUAGGCUUCCUAUGCACAAUGGUGGUAACUGGACCUCAUGCUAAAACAUGGUUUAUCAUGAUGGGAAUGAGCUGAGGAUAUCUUUGGAUUCAUGCACUUCUCCCUCCCCAUUCCUGCUUUGGUAUGUCUGUAAAGAGAUGCUUUCACAAACUGCAGCUUGUCCAAACCUGACAAACUGUGGUUGAUCUUUAACUAUCACCUGCUGAAACAAACCAACGUCAAACCAUGGGCUAUGACUUUGGCUUGUUUCCAACAAGCCAUUGUUUAAGCUAACCACCUGGAAAUGAAUGAAUGAUUACACAAAGUUAUUACUUUAAUGUUUUGGGUGGGGGAGGGACUGUGGCUUAGGAGCGACCUGCGUAUUUAUUAGGGAAGUAAAACCCGGAAUAGUCCAUCCAUCCAGAAUGACCUAAUGCUUGUGUUUGGCGUCUCCUAGGUCUGUCAUUUGAUUAAUCACUUGACUUUCAAUCAAUUACAUUGAAAUAAAUUCCAGAGUUGCAGUCAUGUUAGUCUGCUGCUGCAAAAUCAACAGAGGGUUUUGUGGCACCCUAAAGACUAAUAAAUUUUAUUAUGACAUAAGCUUUCAUGGAGAGGAGUGAACCCUUAGACUGCAAUAAAAGUUGUUAAGUCUUUAAGGUGCCACAGGACUCUUUGUUGAUUGAAAUAGAUGUGCAUAUUAUAGCAAAACAUUUACAAUGGGUGUCCUUUGGAGGAUGCCAAAGGAAAAGCAGUUUUCUCUGCAGUGUGAAACAUUCACUUUACUAAACAAAGCAAAAGCGACUGUUCAGGGUUAAAAGCUAAGGCCACCCUUGCUGCUUUGCUCUGCAACAUGGGAAUGUGGAAUGCUUGUCUGCAAUAAAAGGCCACAGAGCCAAAUGCAAUUCCAUCAGUACCACUGAGGAUCCAAAGUUAAAAGAGACAUUGUCAGAAGCUUCUGUUGCUUUUGAUAUUCACCUUGAAAUGCAAAAAUAUCUGCUGACUUUGAACAGAUACUGCUAGUAAAAGCCAUCUUCGCUUUUUUCAUCAAGCUUGGCACAGCAGGUGGCUCUAUAUUGCGGGGGGGAGGACAACACGCUAAAACAAAUGACAUAAAAUGACCCUUGGAAUGCAUUGCUUCCUUCCAAAUGAAUAUACAAAUAUGCUGAAUUGGCCAAAGGACCAUUAGAAUGCAUUAAAACAAGAGUGAUGGAUUGCUUGCUCAUAUGGCCGUUUUAAGGAACUGUCUCCAAAGGAACAACUGGGGUAAAUAGAAUAAAAAAGUCCUUCAAAUAGCCAUUGAAAUGUAUUGGUAUAAGCUGGAUCUGGGUAAAUUGCCCUCUUCGACACCCCAUCACUCCAUCCUCAUAGAAAUCAACUGUGUGUGUGAGUGCUACUCAUAGGCAUGCAUUGAGAAAACUUGGAUCCAGAUAAAUUGUGUGGGCUGGCACUACCAUUAAAGAGAGCGAGGCGAUUGCAGCUGUUGAGCAGCAGUGGUGGCAGCCUGCUAGUUGUUCCUCCUCAGCCGUCUGGCCAUUCCUGUCUGUUCUCAAACAGAUCUGUGUGAGCCAUGCAGCCAGGCCUACACCUCCUAAGUUAACCGGCCACCUUAGGCACAGUGGAUGGGGACCCUUUUUGGCCCAUCAUGCCAAAUCCUUACCUGUCCCUACCCAAGCAGGCCAACUUUCAUUGCGGACAACCCACCUGCCAAGCACCUGGCGUCAUUAUGAUACCAGAUGAUUGACAGGUGGGCUGUCUCACCCAUCCAUCAAAGUCCCUUUGUGCAGCACUCAGGGGAAUCAUAGAUGUGUAAAGUUGGAAGGGACCACGAGGCCCCUCUAGUCCAACCCCCUGCAAUGCAGGAAUCUUUUUGCCCAACGUGGAGCUCGAACCCAUGUCCCUGAGAUUAAGAGUUUCGUGCUCUACCAACUGAACUAUUCUGGGAGGGCCAAGCAGUUGGCAGUGAGCUGUGUGUCACAGCGCUUCUCAACUGCCUAACAGCCAGCUUGGAAACUGCAGCACAAGGCAGAGGGCAGAUGGUUCCGUCAGGCAAGCAGACAUGGAGCAAUGAUUACUGCUAUGCUGAAAUCCUCCCAAGGUUUGGCAAUUCUGACUACACCGUUCAUCCGGCUCCAGACUCCAUCGUUCCUUCAUCGAAUCAUAACGCUUCCAAAAUCAUUGCAACCCGCUACACAUUGUUGCAUAUAUUACAUAAUCAGAACCAGAUAGUACUCCCUUAUUUUUACCGCAGCACUGAUCUGCACCAAAGGGGAGCAUUUCAAUGCGUGAAAAUGUAUUAAAGUUUUAGCUGCUAAGGGUUUCCAUUUGCUAAUAUCUGGCAGAUAGAAAGAAAUAUUGCAAUAGGCUGUGCAGUGAAUUCUUGUUGACCUAAUCUUGCACUCUUCUGCAGUUUCCUAUAUAAGGUCCUCCAUCGUGGUGAAAUGAGUGAUGUCAUUGUGACAGAACAGCCCCCCCGCAUUGGCAUUCUGCUGGAUUUUAAUGCUGGAAGACUCUUAUUUUUCAACGCGGAAAGAGGGCAGCUCCUGUUUGCCAUCCGGCAGAAAUUCACCGAUGCUGCUCACCCUGCCUUUGAGUUGGAGGAAGCAGGAGUCCUUCACCUGCAUACGGGCAUGGAGCUUCCAGAAUUUGUCAAGCAAAGCUAAACAUUUUCUUUCGAACUACGUGCAAGGCACACACACACAAAAAGCGGAUAGAAUGUGCUUGGGGUGGCCUUGUUUCCUUCUUCUAAGAUAAGUUAAUGUUUAAGAACUACAAGCCAGAGAAAUGCUCUGUGAACUCAGUGGCUUCAACAGGACUUCCAUCAUACAUUCCCCCUUGCCAACACUACUUCGUAAAGUAUUUUUUAUACUUGGGGGAAGUUUCAAAAGCAGAUCAAGGAAGCUCCUCUUAGGAACAAAAGUGUAAGGUUAUUCACAGAGCCCACAUAACUCACCCACAUGCGAAGUCCCUGGGUGGUGGUUAACUCUCUUCCCAAUUUGUUUUUAUUCACUGGAAUCAUUCACAUAAGGAGCACGUGCGCGCGCGUGCACAGACACACACACAGCCAUAGCUCAGUAUUAGAGCAUCUGCUUUGCAGAUUUGAUCCCCAUCAUCUCGGGGUAGGACUAGGAGAGACCGCUCUCUGGUGCCCUGAAGAGCAGCUGCUAACACGACUGAGCUAGACUGACCGGAAGUUUGACUCAGUAUUAGGUUCUGUGAUCCUACAUAGCACAAAGACACACAAGUUAUCUCUUUACUUACUACUUUCUGUGAUGCAUACUGAAGGACUGCCAAAAUGUUUGUGCUACACUCACUGCGGGUGGGUGCCAGGAACUUCUCCAUUGGUCCCUUUUGAAAUGAAUUGAUUCCAAUGCAUUUUCACAGGGCCCAGCAAGAAUAAAUUAUUGGGAGGAGUGUGCUCAUUGUCUGCAAUCCAGCUAGUCGAGGACUGACCCACACAGGCCUACCUCUAGUCAAGAUGGGUGGGGCUGCUAGGAUUUGGGGAGAGGGGACUGCUUUCAGUCUCUACACCCCAUAUAAUCUCUGACCAGGUUAGCACUCCUAUUGAUAUUAAUAACAUUGCCCAUCUUGAUUUCAGUUACACUCAUUUUUAUUUUUAUUUUUGACUGACAGGCAGAGCCUGGCACCUCAAGUGUGGCACAUAUAAACAUAUAGAGUUCCCAAUCUGCUAGGAUGUAUGAGCAUAAAAUGCUGGAUUCUUACUGUGUUGUCCUAACAUUUGGGGCCUAACUGGAUCAGGACAGUUUGUUCAUAUGAAAAUUAUUCUAAUACUGUUUUAAUGGUAUUACGUGCAAUUAAAAAAUUAAAAACGAA